GGGCGGGGAAAAAGAGAAAAAACUGGAAGGGGCGGGGAGAGAAAGAAUGUCCUCUCUCUAAAAUCCAGCGCGGUCGGGCGCGAGAAGUCCAGCAGCGGGAGAAGGAGGAGGAGGAGGAUCCGCCCCCCCCACCCUCGCCGGCUGGGCUGCGUUAAAGUCCCGCCGGAUUCGGCGCGGGCGGGCUCUCGCUGGGCGGAGCUGGCUCGGGCGGGCGCGUCUCAGAACUUUUGUUUGGCGGUGUUUGUGCGCGAGUUCGGCGGCGGCGGCGGCGGCGCGCGGGACGAGAUUCCUCCGAAAUAUAUAUAGAGAUAUAUAUCAAAGUCCUCCUUCUCCUUCUCCUCGCCGUGUUGGUUUGAGGGGCUGCGUCGCGCUGCUGCGUGUGGAGGAGGCGCAACUCGCAGGAACUUUUUAAAGGAGGAGGAGGAGGCGGCGGCGGCGGGCGGGCAGCCAGAACCGGCGGCGGGGGAUGCGGGACGGAGAGCGCGGAGCUGCGGCCGCUUGAGAGAGAGACCGAGCGAGCGAGCGAGAGAGGAGUCGGUGGGGACGGGAGCCCGCCGCCGCCGCCAUGGACGCCGCCGGGCAGCCCCCGCAGUCGGCCUCUCAGCAACCGGGGCAGCAGCAGCAGCCUCCUCCGCCCCCCAAUUCUUCGGGGCAGCCCCCUCCUCAGGCGCCGCCGCCUCAGCAGCCCGGCGGCGGCGCCGCCGUCUCCGGCCCACCCCCGGCCGGCCACCAGAUCGUGCACGUCCGCGGCGACUCGGAGACGGACCUGGAGGCUCUCUUCAACGCCGUCAUGAACCCCAAGGGCGCCAACGUCCCCCACACGCUGCCCAUGAGGCUCCGGAAGCUGCCCGACUCUUUCUUCAAGCCGCCCGAGCCCAAGGCCCACUCCCGCCAGGUGAGCUGGUUUUGGGAGGUGGGGGUGGGAGGGAGAGAGAGAAGCUUCCCUCUUUGGGUGUGGGUGGAUUUUUUUGGGGGGUAAUUAUGGUAUUAUUAAAACUUGUUUUUAUUUUUUAAUAGUUUGGUUUGUUUGUGCCCCGCCUUUCCCUCCCCCCCCCCCAAGGACUCAAGGCGGCUUACAAAAAUCUGCCUUAAAAACAGCGGCGGGGAAUGGGUGGGAAUCAUUUAAAAGCGAGCAAACAUGGGUAGGAUCAAAAGCUGUAAUAGCUAUAUUUUUUUGUAGAGAAAGGGCUGUCUUCUGCUCACACACCACUUCUUGAAACACCCCACCCCCCCAAUCUCAAUUUCCAUAAACUUUUGUCGGCUGCCUUUGAAUGGGCUGCAUGGAAAAGGCUGUAUUUUAAGAAUAAAGUGGUUAAGAACAAUAGUAGCAACAUACAGUACUCUCUUUCUCCCUCCCCCGUUUCUUUCUCACCAUGAACUCCAGAUAGGGAAUAGUUUUUUUGUUGCAGUGUAACACUGUUAGGGGUCUACUCAGAAGUAAAUCUCACUUCGUUUCAAUGGGUCAAGCUACCUGAAGGGAAGGGUAGAGCAGCCUUGCCUAUGACCUGAGUUCUGUGUUUCAUUGGGGUGUACGAAAUCAUGAAUCAAAGUUAAUGAUAUACUGUGUUUCAGAGUUCAGUGCAGAUUGUCUUGCACCAUACUGGUAGGAGUAUGAUUAAAAAAUAAAUAAAUCAUUGUCUCUCGCCGUCUUCAUCAUCAUCAUCAUCUAACAUUUGCAAGUGAUGUUUCGUUGGGUAAGAUGGAUGAAAAAAGGCAGGUCUUUGCCCCAAGGAGCUUGCAGUCUAAAUGCUGACAGAGGAUGACACAACAGGGUAAAUAAAGGGAGGAAAGGAAAACCAGAGUUAAGGAUGUCAGGAGAAGAAUCAUGGGCAGAUGCAGUUACAUACUGCUUUUCAGGUAAAAACAAGUGUAGCCUUGCUUCCUGAUGACAGCCUUUACACACACUUUUCUUGUAUUUCUUGUGUGUGUGUGGGGAGGGGUUAUUCAGAAUUGAACACUUGCCUGAUGUUUACUUGGAUUUUUGCCAUGUGUACACAUUAGGAAGCUGCCAUAUAUUGCUAAAUAGAUGGGUGCAGGUAUGUAUUGAUUUAUUAGAUUUGUAUCUUGCUUUUUAAAAAAGAAACUCACUAGGCAACGUACAAGGUACAUGGGUCCACCCAACAGAUAUAGAGCAAAAAUAAUAAAUGAAAGUAGCAAGUAGACAAAAGUACAUUAAACACAGUAAGUGGUCUUACAACUACAGUCAUCGUCCCCAGUAAAACCUUAAAACUACAGUACAGCCACAGUAAACUAGCACCACAUAUUUCACAAUCUCAUUACCAUAAAGAUACAGCAAACAAAUAGGUUUUCAGGGCCUGCUUAAGAAGGUUUGAAGAGAUGGAGCUUCUGUAGCAAAAUGAACAUUUGUAUGCUUCCCAUGUGCAACUGUAUAUACAGGUGUUUGCUUUUCCUACUUGAGUGUACAAAAAUGCUGUGGGUGAGGCAGCCCUGAGCCUUGAGGAAAAGGGUUUCCAGGUCAGAGGGUGUGACUUCCAGGCAGCUUGAUCCUGUGUAUCUGACACUUAAAGACGUAAAUACCCGCCUAUGACUACUUUGCUUGUUGGGAAGUUGUGUACACGCACCCAGAGUGUGUAUGUGUAUUCUUUCAGAACAAUAAUAAAACUCAAUUACUGAUUUUUAUUUUUAUUUACAUGAAAAGCACUUCAUAGUUUUCUGUUUCCUUGCAGUUGUCUGAGGUAUUCAACACCCGUUCCUAGUUUUUCAGGAAAGGGGAGAAGAAUUUAUCUCAUAAUUAUUCUAGAAGCCUGUGGCUUCUUGUAGGGAUUUACAGUGGUACCUCAAGUUACAAACACUUCAGAUUACAGACUCCGCUAACCCAGAAGUAGUACCUCGGGUUAAGAACUUUGCUUCAGGAUGAGAACAGAAAUCACGCAGUGGCAGCGGGAGGCCCCAUUAGCUAAAGUGGUACCUCAGGUUAAGAACGGUUUCAGGUUAAGAACGGACCUCCGGAACAAAUUAAGUUCGUAACCAGAGGCACCACUGUAUUACUUUGUUACACUCCAAGGAACUUAAGAUGGCAUACAUGUUUUUUUACCCAACCACAAUAUUUUCCUUGCAUCAACCUUGUGAAGUAGUUAGGCCGAAAGAGAGUGAUUACAGUUUGCACAUAAUUGCAAAGGCACGGUUUGUUCAGCCAAAUGUGAGUCCUCUUACAGAUGAGCAAACAAACCAUUGCUUGUCCUCCAAAGCUUGGUUUGUAUUUGAGCUAUUAAAUUUAUAUCCUGCUCUUGCUCCCAAAGGAGCCCAGGAGGGCUUGUUUUCCAGCUACUGUUUCCACAUGCCAGUGUAGCAUCAUGAGUGUCUGGUGUGGGCUGGCCAAACAAACCAAGGUUGUUGGGUUCAGACAUGGGUUAAAACAAGCCAUGGUUGCUAAGCCAACCACAGCUUUGUUCAUUGGUAGAAAUCAAAUGAUGGUUAACCUGCUGAACUUGCGCAUUCAAAGAACCCGAGUUUGUUUAAACCAUGAAGUAAUAUUAGGCAAGGACCAAGCCAGUAACUUGACCAAGUUUGGGCAGUGAGAGUGUCAUUUCCAAGUGGGGGUUUGAACCUGAUUUCCCCAGUUUUAGUUUGACACUUUUAUGAGGGGAGGAGGAAAGAUAGGGUAGAGUCUUGCUUUCUCCCCUGCACUGCUGCUUUCUUUUUGGGAUCCUAAACUUCAGUCCCCUUCUUGGGCUUCUGCAGCACAAAAUGCAAUUUUCAUCUUCUUCCUCUUGACUGUGUGCUUGGCCUUGGUGCUUAUAUAGGUGGAUAUUGUUCCCUUGCUUUUGGUUCUUGUUAUAAAGUGAUCACUUUUUUCAUUUUCCUUUCCUCCACAGUUCUUCUGAGCUUGUGGUGGUGGAGUGCAGUUGUUAAUGAUCCUAAAUUUUCAAGUAGACAGUGUCGGAUUUAGGAAAAUGAUGUGUAGUGGUUUGGCAGUGCUUAAACUUCCUUCUCUCCGUCCCUUGCUUUAGGAGAUGGAAGAUAAUUUCCUUUCUAGAAGAGCUCGGAAACCUCUUUUUACCCUCUGAAGUACUUUUGGUGGUGGCCCCCUUCCUCUCCACAGCACUUCCCAGCAUAUAAUUAUUCUCUUUAUCCCACCUCCAUUCCUCUUCCAGAGUUCAUUAUGAGGAAAUUUUCACUUUUGCCUAUUAUAGACCUGCUUCACACCCCUCCAUUUUGUCUUUGCUUGUGAAGAAGUGUUGACCUACCUUCCGAUUUUAUACUCUCAUAAAUCCCUGGAUGGAGCUGUUCAGGCCAGCUUCCCUCUUCUUUACCUCUAAUCUGUUUUUUUGUUUGCUUGUUUUCCUGGCCACUUGUUUGUGAAUGGGGGAGGUGGGAGUGAUGGCAGCAGUUCUCUCCUAUCCCUUCCUUUGAGCUACCUUUAAUCCUUAUCCCAAUAGGGAGGAACUAUGCCAUCCUUUAAGAUAGGGGUAGGCAACCUAAGGCCCGUGGGCCGGAUUUGGCCCAAUCGCCUUCUCAAUCCGGCCCACAGACGGUCUGGGAAUCAGCGUGUUUUUACAUGAGUAGAAUGUGUCCUUUUAUUUAAAAUGCAUCUCUGGGUUAUUUCUGGGGCAUAGGAAUUUGUUCAUUCCCCCCCCCCCCAAAAAAAAUAUAGUCCAGCCCACCACAUGGUCUGAGGGACGGUGGACUGGCCCACAGCUGAAAAAGUUGCUGACGCCUGCUCUAAGGCCUUCUAAGAUGCUUGCGGCAACUCCGUUUCCCCCCUAUUACUUAACUUAAGGGAAUUUGUAGGGGAGGGGGCUUUAACUCCCCUGUCUUGCCCACUUGCAUAUUGCAUUCCCUGCACUUUGUCUUUUUAAUGAUUUAUAUUUACUGUUACAUUUAUAGCACACGUUUUCUCCAUGGAAUUCAAGGUUGUGCAGAUGGUUCUUUCCUCCUCAUUUUCCCCCUUUCCCCUGUGAAGUAAGUUGGGUUAAGAGACGAGUAACUGGCCAAAGGUUACCCCGUGAACUUCAUGGCUAAGGGAGGAUUUGAACCCUGGUCUUCCGGGUCCUGAUGGACUCCCCUAAUCACCACACCACACUUAUCCCCCAUUCCCUCUUCCCAGGAUUGUGGAAAGUCUGUCAUUUCUCUCUGAGCUAGGAGGAGGAGUUGGAGCUAUGGAAGCCUUGAAUUUUGCGCUUUUUAGAUAAGGCACCCCCCCCCAUAUCAUUCCAAGGCCUGUUUUCGCCACACCAAUAUUUUUAGCUAUCGCCUAAGCAGAGUUCUUGCCUUUGCUGCAAGAAGAAGGCUUAAAGCCUCUGAAAUGAUAUUGGAACUUAAUCACACAGAAAAGCAAAUGGACAUUGAUCUCGUAAUUGCUAUUGACCAGAGUACUGAGAGGGGGAGUUGUGUGAGUGUCCAAAAACUUCUAAAUGUAGAGCUGUGCCAGUUUUGUGCCUUAAGAGCAUUAGAUUGCAGCAUAUUCCUAUGACAUUAGCAUGAACCUUCCUAAUGUCGGCUUGGAUGUAUUGCCAUUGUACUGUUGACACUUUGAUGUCUGUAAUGUGGAGUGUUUGCUGUCUUGAAGCUUGAAUCCAGGUGUUGAGGCCAUAGUCUUGCAGACCAUAAACACUUCCAGAGAAAAGUUGUCUGAAAAGAUGUUGGGUUCUGAAUAAGUUUAGCCUAUGGAUAAUUAUUUAAAUAUUAGAACAGACAAGAUGGAAGUUAAUAAGUUGGCAACUUACAGUAAUGGGUUCUCUGUGUGGUUGUUUUUUUUUGAGGGGGAGGGGAGUUGGAAUUGGUUCUUUUUCUUAAAGAUUUUUUAUAUGAGAAGUAUAUUUUGAGUCUUCAUCAUAAGCUAUUGUCAUCUAUUCAGCCAGCAGAAGUGACUAUUUUGCAACUGCUUCUGAUAUUUCUGUGACCAAUUAUGUCAGCUUUUCCAUUAUUAAACCUCUCUUAAAAAGGGGCUUGGCUUUGUGUGUGGCUUAAAAAAAAAAGUCUGCUUGAACCUUGGCAUACAGCUCUUACCCAAACAUUAAUUCACUUGACAGAUAUUAAAUGGAAAAAAGCCUAGACUUGAAGUUGUAGAGUUGCAAGUAGAGAUGAUUGCUUUGCUGCCUUUGAACUUUAACGUAGUACAGGCUUAUCACAUACUUUCCAUGUAGGUCCAAUAUCUCAAACUCCCCUGACAAUUGCAGAAGAAAAGUUAUUAGCUAUGUACCGAAACCAUCUUUAACUUCAAGUACGAGAGUGGUUUUUAUCAUGGUUUACUUAUUUGCAAACUGGCAUUAAUCUGCGUUUGAGCUGCCUCCCAUAUGGAGAUAGCUGUAUAGUGUAAUCCAUGUGUGCUGCUUGAAUACAAAAGGCUAAAAUACUUGCCUAAACAGUUUCACAUUGAACUGCGUACUUAAUUCCAUGCCUUGGGCCUUAAAGCUCUCCAGACAUACAUCUAUAUGCACCAUAAAAUGCAUAAAAGCUAUCUGUGUGUCUAGGUGUCUGUGGUUGUCAAAAGCUUCAUGUCUGUGUGUUCAGAUCUUGGUGGACAGUAAUUCAGCAUAUUAACACAAACUGAGAAUUACUUAGGCUCAUGGUAAAGGACUUGGCAGUUGCUGGGUGUGGAUUACAGUCUAAGGCUGGGCUGGGACCUAGGUUAAUAAACUCUCUUGAGUUGUGCAAAUUCAGGCUUCAUAGCCUUCCUAAGGUGCAGAAGAGAUUAGGGGAUCUGCAACAUCAGCCUCUGUGAUUCAGUAGGAAAGCCUGGCCCAAACUAAUCAUCCAUAUUUUCUACCUGUUGUACUCCAGUCUCCAGUUUCCCAAGCUGCAGCCAAUGUCCUAAGUAAUAGAAUCAGAAUUGUAGAGUUGAAAGGGACCGCAAGUGUCAUCUUGUCCAGCCUGCCUGCAAUGCAAUGCAAAGUUCCUUGAGAACACGCAAUGACCACUGAACACCAUUCUGGGCAAUAUCCAGCUUAGUCAUGCUCAGUGUCAACCGAUUGGAAUCAAUAGUUAAUGAAGUGUGUUGAUUUCAGUGGGUACGACUUCAUUGGCUCGCCCUCUGUUGUUGUUUUUGUGUGUGUGUAUCUUGGCAGUUUAAGAGACACCACUCUGUUCAACUUAUAGUAGAAUCCCAUCACAUCACAGAAGGGAUGUGAGGAUUGUAUCUCCAGCUGUAUUCUAAAAUGGCAGCAUUGAGAAGUUCUGCCUCGGAGAUACAGUAAUAGGAGAAAAGUUAGCCUGGAGAAAAAGAGUGAUUUGCCCUGCCCUGCUUUAAAUCAUGCUUUCUCUCCCCCCCCCCAAAUCUUUUGUCAUCUGGAACACAUUUUAGCAAAACCAGACAUGUAUUACUGUUUGCAAUGUGGACCUCAUUUGUCCCAUUUUGUAAGACCAUUUAAACAGCUUUCACAGCUGUCUCUGAAGCCCUUGAUAAAGAUGUGGGACAGCAAUGGGGGCGGGGGGGGGGCAGAGGACAGAGCAGACAGAAGCAAGAACUUGAUAUUAGAAAGAGAUGAGGGAUAUCUGUAAAUUCUAAAAGAUGUACAUGUAAACAAAACCAUUCAGUAGAAACGUUCUUAUAAAGCAGGGAUGAGAAGCCUGUGACUCUUCAGCUGAUGGACUUUUGGGGGCUGAUGGGAGUUAUAGUACUCCAGUUGUUGCUGGACACCAAGUUCCUCACCUGGUUAUAAAGCUUUCUCCUCCACAAAAGAUAGUGGUCCAAUUCCAAUACUGCAUCUGCAGUCAUGGACUUAAAAAAACAACCUGUGUAUGAAAUAAUAAAAUUCCGUUUUUGUCUUAUGCCCAUUUCGACAUUAGCUUUGGUUAUUACUCUACGUGUUGGAAGCCACACUGCCCUGUGCGUUCACCUGUCCUUGGGGCAGAUUAACUGUUUCUAGAUGAAAAGUGGGGGUUCUUGAGCAUGCUGCUGACAUAAUGGGUACCUGGCUACAUCACAGACUUAAGGAAUUGUUUAAUCCUGCAGGCCAGUACAGAUGCAGGGACAGCAGGAGCUCUGACACCUCAGCAUGUCCGUGCCCACUCCUCUCCAGCAUCGUUGCAGUUGGGAACCGUUUCUCCAGGGGGACUUACCCCUUCCGGCAUAGUUCCUGGAGCGGCACCUUCUUCUCAACAUCUCCGCCAGUCAUCCUUUGAAAUCCCUGAUGAUGUGCCCCUACCACCGGGUUGGGAGAUGGCAAAGACACCUUCUGGCCAGAGAUAUUUUUUGAAGUAAGUACAAUUACCGGGCAAGGGGAGGUGGCGGCAGCGGCAAAUCUUUGUGCUUAAAAAACAACAACUGGUAGAAUUAAUACCUUGUGCUUCAUCUGAAGGCCAUAUCCUUGUUUGACAGUGUGGGGUCAUGCUGAAAAUUGUAUUGUCAGUUUUAAAAUAAUUGUGUACUUUUAACUUUAUGCAAUUAAGCAAUUUGCAUAUCACUAAUAAACACAUAGUAUUGCAAGACUUUUGAUAGUAUAUGGGAAUGGUUGUAACUCUGUUAUACGUGUUUCACAAUGGAAAGGUUCCAGAGUCUCUGUUAGAAAGGACCUUGGGGUUGCAGAGGUGAGAGAUCUUGAAGAGUCACUGCAAGUCAAUAGAGACAGUAACAGUGGGCUGAUAAGGUAGUUUCAUGCUUUCAUAUAGAACUAGGAACAGCAAAAGUGUGAGUUGAGGGUCAGGUUCAUCCCCUCGUUAAAACUCAGUAUUUUUGCCACCACGACUUCUCUGGAAUAAUGAAGAGCACUUUUUUUUUUUUUUGGAAAGCUAUGAUUUUGUAGAUAUGUUUAACUAAUUUAUGGGCCAUAGGUCUGCCCAUCCCUACCUUUUAAGUUCAUAUGCUCACUUGAUUGUAGGCUGACUCUGCAUACUUUCUAUACCUCUAGAAUGUAGGACAGGAUGGGACCUCAUGGAUGCCUGGUUCUGAAAGUUCCAUUAAAGCAGGUCUUGUCAUGCACAACUAAUCCGUCCUGAUCAGACCCUAUCAUUUGACAUUACUACUCCCAUAAACAUAUUUAUUUAUAUAGAAAUUUCUAUCCCACCCAUCUAAUGCAGUUCAUUCUUUUCACGAUAAACCAUGGUUUAUUGUGACAGCCAUACCGCUUUUAAAAUGUCACGGUGGUUAAGAAAGUGAACUGUGAAGCAAAGGAACCGGGCUAAAAAUCUUUCCUUAGCCUGUACUUGUCUGGUGACCUUCGGCAAGCCUUGGCUCAUAAUAUGGAAAUGAAACUGACUUGCUUUGCAGGGUUCUUGUGAGGCUUGCUGAGAUAAUGAAUGUGAAGCUGUUGUGCAGUAAGCAAUAUAAAAACACCAGGUAGUUAUUGGGGAAAAUGACAGUGUUCAAGGGAGUAAAGAGUAAGUCGGUGCGUGGAUCUAGUGCGCGUUAAUAACAGCCCUGUGUUUUAAGACCGUGUGGGCAUUUUACAGCAUCAUCUCAUCAGAUUUUCCAUUGCCUUUCCUUAAGAAAAAUUAAGGAUUGUAGUCGUUAAUUCUUCCUGUUGGCCUCCUUAGACAUCUGCCGUAAGGAAGAAAGGUGGCAUAUAGAUUUUGAAGUAUUUAAAAUAAGAUCGCAUUGUUGGAUCCAUGGGGCAAGGCUGUAGCAGAAAAAGUUCCAGCUUGAAUCUUUGGAAUCUGCAGUUAGGUCUGAGAGACAGUAUUGCAUAAAAACCCCGAGUAGCUGCUGCCGAUUAGGGAAGAUCAUACUGAGUUAGAUGGAGCAAUGGUCUGAUUUGGCUGGCUGGCUUGAUCUAUCUAUCUAUCUAUCAUCUAUCCUAUCAUCUAUCAAUCUAUAUCACUACCUAUAGCAAAUUGUCUAAGGGUGGGGUACCCAAAAACAUACUAAGUAUAAGGUACCCUCUCAAUUCAUAUUAUUUUAGCAGUAAUUAUUUUCAACUCAAGUGCAUUUUCAACUCAAGAUGAUUGUGUACAGCAAGCCAGUGAAAAAUACCAAAUUCAAUUCAGGAGUGGGGCUUCUGCUAAGCCUGGCAGAAGGUAAACAAGCCUUUAAAACGGUGUUUCAGUUACACCCCACUUUUUUGUGGGUUGCCAGGUCACGUGACCAAACUGAAUGUGCUUAGGAUUUGCUCUGAGUUUCCCCUCUCUGGUCCUGCCCCAACCAUGGCCCCUUUCCAGGGCUUACCAUGCUGCCCGCAUGUGGGGAGACAAACCAAUGUAUCCCCCAGCUGAACUGAGGUUGGGGAAGUUACAGUGGUGUAGCCUAGCUGCCUCCCAGUUCAGCCAGAAAUCCACUGGAUCCUAACCCCAAGCAUCUAGCAGAUCUUCCUAUGGAUUUUCUUCCUUAGGGUUGCAGUCUAUGGGUUCUUUUCAGCCAAGUCCUAUUCAGAGCAGACCCUUUUAAAUUAACCAAACUAAGUUAGUCAUAUCUAACUUCAGUCAGUUUACCCGGAGUAGAAGUAGUGUUGAUUUCCACCCCGUUUAUCUAAUUCAGUUCAAGAAUAUAGGACUUGGAAACCGCAUAGUAGACAGUUCAGCAAAAGUCCUUUUUUAAAAAUAAGCUGCCUCUAAAAAGAGGAGAAAAACGAACUUAAGCCUUUGUGUAACUGGUUUUCCAACCUAUGCAGAUUUAGGUGAAAGCAGAGGAACAGUUUGAUCAUGGCCAUUUUUUUUUGACAGUUUUAUUAUUGCUACAGAAAAGUCUUCCUGCUCCUAUGAGUGAUCUCCUCCCUCUCUCACUGGUCUUUUCUUGGUAUCUGUUUCAAAGGGUCAGGUUUCCAUAAGGACAAUAAAGAGCCUGAGACUGGAAAGUACACACAAGUCUGGCAAACUCAUCUGCAUGAGCAAGAUCAUUUGUUCUCAAGCAGACAUCCAAAGUAAAUGAUUGAAAGAGCUGCUAGCUGUGAAGGAUGUGUCUUGAAGGGGGGAAAGAGUAGAAACAAACCAGGUUGUUAGGAAGAAAAAUAAAGACUGUGCUUUUUUUUGAACCUCUCCCUGCUGGGUCACAUGCUGAUCUGGGGAGAUUUUAAACAGCUUAAUAAAUUGUUUUUCUUUCUGCUUUUCCUUGGGUGCUGCUGUGGUUUGGGAGAAUCUGAGGACAGUUCUGAAAGUUCUGCUUAGGCCCGAAGAACAACAACAUGGACACUCCUAUAUAGAUUUUGUGUGUUGUGGAGAUGUACCAGACCCGCUGUUCUGUGUAAAACGAUUUCUUAUUACUUUGUAACCUAGGUUACCUAAGUUUAAAGAAUAACUUGUUUUGAAAGUUCUGUUUUUAGCAGAAAUAAAUGCAUGAAGUCAUCUUAAAGCUGUAUUAUUUUUUUUAACCCACAGCUGAUAGAAAUGCAACUGAUAAUAUUCUCAUUGUCUGCAACACAGAAUAUAUAUAGAGAGAGAGAGAGGGAGAAUGUGCGCAUGUGAGCACUUUAAAAUUAAUAUUCGCUGACAUUAAAUUACAGCAAGUCUUUUUAAUCUUGACAAUCAGCCUCUCAAUCACGUGAGUUAGAGGCUUUGCCUUUCUUUCUCCGCGUUCCUUCAUACUUCCACCUCUUCCAAAUUCUGACCAUGAUAUUGUCGCUGGUGCCAAAUCAAUUAGGAUUGGUAGUGGAAGUCUGCACAAAUUGGUGUUUAGCACAGGGUAGUCCUUAAUGUUAGAGAAAGUGACAGAGCUGUGUGUACAGCUUUUGCAGUUCUGUUCAGAAGCAGCACUAUGGUACCUACAUGUUUGGCUCUCCCACGCCGGGUUGUAUGCCCUCUUUACUGGAGAAAAUGGCUCCUCUGACAAAGCAAGCAGACAAAUACGUUAUAUGGAGGCUCUUUUUAUUUUCUGUUACUCCACUUGAAACCUCAUUGUGGGCGCUCUUCACUGACACUUGGCUUCCUGUUCUGACUUCAGGAUUCACAUUUGACCAAGAGCAGUUUAAUAUUGCAUUACUGCUGGAAGAUCCAGCAAUAGUUCAUUGCUGCUACCUGUGGACUGCUUGAAAAAAGUGUGCACAGUUCAGGAAGAAGUGUGUAGCUUUCCUACUGGAAAGAAGUGGUUGGGUAGAGAGGUGUGCUUUGAAAAAACAGUAUUGCCUAAUGUAAGUCAGUGCGGGAUAGAAAAAAUACUGUUUAGAAAAAGUACUGUUUCUUCUCAAGAUUGGGAACACCUGCGGUGCAUGGCUCCAGCCUUGGUUUUUGGUGAAUGUUAACAGGUUCAGCAUUAGUAGCUUUUUAAAAAGACCGUCAGAAUUAAUGAGACCUGAUUGCUGGCUGGACAGACAAAAGUUAAAAUGGAAAAUGGAAAGCAACUGUUUAGAACUAAUCUCCAGUUUUUGGUACAAUUUGGCCUAGCUGCUACUGCACCAUAUUAAUCUACCUAACAGCCUGUUUCAUUUGUUCUGGCAGAACAGAAAUCAAUGCAGUUUGUGUGUUUGUAAAUGCUGUUAAGUUAUAAGUAAAUGAACAGUUAGCAUGGAGUAUUGAUUGUCUGCCAAUGCAGUGUCAUAACUGGUGAUGAUCAUCUGUACUAGAGACAGGUAACACAUGGUAUCCAGUUUUUAAUUGCUGAUAGAUGGUGGUUUUGGUCCUAGGGCAUGAUUUUGAAGAUGUACAAGACUUGCUGAAGAUAAGCAAGUCUGAGACUGGUUAUUGGCUGGAUAAGGGUAUCCUGUCUUUGGUUCCAUCUUGGAAGAAAAAUGGGCCAUAGAUAUUGUCACUUUGCAUCUGAAAUGAAAUCCAGAAAUAGUGGUGUAAUUAACUAUUUGUUUGCUUGUUUGUUUGCUCAUGAAAAACAGUGAUGGCACAUGAACGAACAGGCAGGUGACAGUACUUAAUCAUGUACAAAGUUAAUUCUCUUGUUAGAAAUAGCACCACAGUUAUCUUUCUAGCUGAAGCAUCUUACGGUAAAUCACACAAGUAACUUUUUGUUAAGAAAUGGCAUGCAAAUGUUCUAUACAGAAAUAUUUCCAGACAAGUUGAGAGAAAAUGUUUGCAAUCGCAGUAAUGUUUAAAAUGUGUUUAAUGAAAGCAGACCUGAUCCCAAAAUAUGGGUUAAAACAUGUUUAAUAUAAACAAACCUAUUAAUAAUGUGAAAAGUCUUAAAAUUUUAAUGCCUGGCUCUCAAUUAAACAUGCUGUAACUUGCGGUUGUUCAGAGUAGACCCAUUGUGGACUUUACUAAUGUAGUCAUUGAUUUCAAUGGGUCCAACCUGUGUCUGAUGUGUUACUUAUGUGUAAAACAACAUGUUAUUGUAUUACUACUGAAAAAAGAAUAUUGUAUCAGGUUCAGUGGGAUUCUUUAAACUUUUUCAAAAUACUUCUUAUGUGACAAUCUCUGUUAAUACUACUAUAUUCAGCCAGCUAUCAUGAUGUUGAUAGUGCUUUAAAUGACUCUUGGAAAUUGUUGUCAAAAGAAUCAGAACCUUACAGCGUGAAUUGUAAGAUCUGGGGGAAUAAAACUCUUUGAAUUAAUGAACACUGAUUUAAAGCAAUUAUUUGAUUUGAGACCACUAGAUUCUCAGGGCUAAUAACAUCUCAAUAUGCAUAGGAUGCUACACAUUCAAUAUAGUUUUCUUUUUUUUAUAAGAGCUUAGCACUACCCAUUGGAAAGUUCCUUUUUGUACACUCCCAUUGGAAUGCCAUGUUUGGUUUAUCAUUUAUUUUAAUGGGGAGUGUGCAGGAGAGCUUUGCAGUAGAUUGCACCUCAAAUUUAGACUAACCUGAUGGAUAACACUGGUCAACAACAAAUUUGUUGUCUGCGUUUUUUCAGCUGAUUUAGGACGAAUCUGAUGCGCUGAAUCCAAAAAUCACAUUGGUUUUGCUCAAUCAGGUCAAGUUUUUGAGGUAUGACCACAUGUCAUUUUUUAACGUUUUUGUUCACAUGUACGCUUGUGUGGAGCAUUUUAGAAGAAGUUGGUGGGGGUAAAAUGCCAUGUCGAAUAAUUGUUUUGAUUGGAAAUGAUUAUUUUAAUGACAAGAAGUAUUCAGGUCCGAUGGUUCUGGGUGAUUAUGUCGAAAAGGGAUCAGUUUGAAGUCAUAAAACCUCGAAAUCUUCCUUAAAUUGGUGCAGCAAAGCAUAAAGUUGGGGGAUCAAAACUAAGUUAAUGGGGCAGCUGCCCCAUGAAGUGUAAAGCUUGGGCGCCACACAUGGUGUGCAAGGCAUGCACCGAGACUCUACGUGGGUGGACCAAUGGCAAGAGGAGUCUGAACUUUGGAAUUCCCAUGGUUUGGAGGGAGCCGACAAACCAUGUCACUGACUGCUACUUCUGCGCUGUUGAUGUGACUGGGAUCAACAGAAAGAACCGGAGCAGCCUCAAGUAUACUGAUCUUCAAUCAGCACGUCGUCCUGUAGCUCAUUGUGAUGAAAUUCCAGUGCCUAUCUUUGGAGAACUUCCUGACAUUAGUGACGAAGAUGCCUCCAGUGUUGAAGGACAUGAAGAAGAAGAAGUGGUUCUUGAAGAUGAUGCUCCACAUCCAUUUUCCCAAAAGGAGUUGAAUGAUCUAGUUCGCGACCUCAGCUUGUCAAAGGACUCUGCUGAACUGUUGGCAUCCAGAUUGAAGGAAAAAACCUCUUCUCUGACAGUGCUCGCAUCAGCUUCUUCCGCAACAGGCAUCAAGAGUACCUCCAUUUUUCUCGGAAGAGAAGGACUUGGUGUACUGUGCAGAUAUUGCGCAGCUUCUGCUCAAGCUUGGAGUGCCACAGUACGAACCCAAAGAUUGGAGACUGUUCAUUGACAGCAGCAAGCAAUCACUGAAAUGUGUUCUGCUAUACAACGGCAACAGUUGCCUCUAUAUCCCUGGCUCACUCGAGUACACUGAAGGAGAACUAUGAAGCGGUGAAGUAUGUGCUGGAGAAAAUUGGUUAUGAUCAGCAUAAGUGGUUUAUAUGUGUUGACCUGAAGAUGGUGAACUUUUUGUUGGGACAACAGACUGGCUUCACCAAGUACCCAUGUUUUCUGUGCAUGUGGGAUAGUAGGGACCGUGCUCAGCAUUACACGAAGAAGGACUGGCCUGUGCAGGAGGAAUUGGUGCCUUGCAAAGAAAGGAACGUCAUCAACGACCCUCUGGUGGACAGAGACAGAAUACUCUUCCCACCGCUGCACAUCAAGCUCAGCUUAAUCAAGCAGUUCACCAAGGCUCUGGACAAGGAUGGUGACUGCUUCACUUACUUGUGCCAGGCUUUUCCAGGAUUGACCAUGGAGAAGUUGAAAGCUGGCAUCUUUGACGGUCCUCAGAUCCGUCAGCUCAUCAGAGAUCCAGAGUUUGGAAACUCAAUGAACGAAGUGGAACUGGAAGCGUGGAAGGCAUUUGUUCUGGUAGUGAAGAACUUUCUUGGCAACAAUAAGGCCAGAAACUACGCAGAACUUGUCAACAACAUGCUGACUGCUUUCAGAAACCUGGGCUGCAACAUGAGCGUCAAGAUGCACUACCUAUUUUCACAUAUGGACCGGUUUCCUGAGAACCUGGGUUCAAUGAGUGACGAGCAGGGGGAGAGAUUCCAUCAGGACAUGAAAGAGAUGGAGACCAGGUAUCAGGGUCGCUGGGACGCAGUCAUGAUGGCUGACUACUGUUGGACUCUGAAGAGAGACCUCCCUGCCGCUGAGCAUUCCAGGAGUUCCAAGAACGGAAGUUCAAGCCCUGAAGUUUGAAAAAUGGUGAAGCAACAUGCAAUUUACGUGUACUUACCUUUAUCAAUGCCCACCAUUCAGUUUACAGUAAACCUGACCUGAUGGAGAGAAACGGAUGCCAUUUCCUGAUUCAGCACUGCAAAAAUACCCUAAAUCAGUUUUAGAAAUCUAGACAACAUUCAAAAAGUAAAAAAUUGUUGCCCAGUGUAAUAGGUUUAUCUCACUUAGUUAGAUAAUUAGGAUAAUUAAAAAAUGUUUCCAUAGAAGAAUGCUUUAGUUGAGAUGACUCUCAGGGUCCCUUCCGACUCUACAAUUCUAUUCUGUGAUUCUAUUUUUUUGUUCAGUUAGUUCUUAACUUGUAUAACUCAAAACAUCCGUCAACUCAGUAUCAUUCGUUAUGAAUUCUAAAUAUGAAUUCCUUAAUGUCAUUCAGUUAAUCCCACAUUAGUUGAAUACAUUUAUUAAAUGAUGAGAGAGAGAGAGAGUGAAUCUUGCCAUGACACUACUGAAGAGAAACAAAAUACCUCCUGGCCAUCGUUUUCAAAUAGUGCCUGGAUGCUUUGCUCUCAGCAGAGUAGCUGCGCAGUAUCUUUCCCCCUGUGGGUAGAAAAGUAGUUCAGAGGGAUAAAUUGCAUUGUGUGAAAAUGCCUAAAGAGUUUAGGGUAGCCCCUCUUUCAGCUGUUUCUCUGCUCAAAUUUCCAUGCUCCCCAAGGCAUCUUUUGGUUUAUUGUUUGCUAUUUUUGCCUCCAGCAUGCAGAUGUGGCUUUUGUAUUAGAGUUCCGCAAAGUUAAGGUCGGGCCAGAGAGCUGCUAGAAGAGAGUCAGAUGUGUUUGUGUGCCUUGACUGCACCAGGAAACAGUGCAAAAUGGAAGGCUGCAUAUUUUAUCCAUUGUGCUGGCUGGCCCUAGUGGGGGAGUGCCACGUAGCAAACUUCUCCACUUCCCUUAAGGGCCAGCCUUUUGGGGGGUAUAUCACCUGCCUGUGAAAUUUCACCAGCUUCACCUUUACUUUUUUUGACAUAUUUGUUGAUGAGCAAAUGCUGCAAGGUGUUAGUGUUUAUUUCUGAGAGCUACUACUGGGUGUUGCAGUUACAACAGGAAGCUUCCUGUUCCUCCACGGUACCGCCUCACGUAUUGUAUCUUUUUCAUCUUUCCAGUAUGCUGAUGUAGGUCAGUGUGUACACCCCAUGAAUGCCGAAGCUUUGAAAGUUUUAAUUCAGACAGGAUGGAGUUGUGGUCGAACAGGAAGAGCAAGGCGCUUGGCUGCUUUCUGUUGACUCCACAAACCCUUGCCUGCCUCAGGCAGCUCUUAGGCUUAAGGAGCCUUGGACAGUUUUGGCUUAGACUUUGUAGCGAACCUUCUUGAGAACUGCUUUUGUGGUCGCGACUACGGUUGAAUUAAAAGCGAGAAUGGCUAACCAAGGCUCACUAUUUGGUAGUUAAGAGUGCAACCCAUGAAAUGUUGUCCUGCUGAGCUCACAUUCGUUUUGGUGGGGUUUGUACCUCUAGUGUCUGGGUGUUGGCAGAAGAGUGUUUGGAAUGGGCCCGUGUACCAUGCAAAUGGCAAGCAGAACAGACAUCUGUGUUGCUUUUGAAAUGCUUCCUGUUGGCCAGCUGUAAGUUGACAUUGCAGUGAACUAUGAAGUGGGGGUUUGGCUUCAUCUUUUAAGACAAAAAAGCAAGCUCUAAUUAGCAGCAGAUGAUGAUUUGCAGACCCAUAUCUUGAAGAGGUUGUUUUUUCCCCAGGUGUGCUUUUGCUGGUGUCUUCUAAGUAGAAGCAAGUUGGAUGGUUUGACGUCAUAGACUCCUGCAUCUAAUCCCUGUACAGACUCUUGCAACACUCAUUAAUCAUGCCGCAUGCUGAGGAAACUGUUACUGAUCACCCCAGCUGUCUUCUGUAGUUAACUUUCUCUGCAGGAAACUGCUCUUCCAAGGAGUUUGUCAACAACUUCCUAUUUUCUCUUUCAGCUGUUGUAUAGCUUCCUGAAUGAACUGGCCACAAGUUUUCAAUUUGUAUCUGUGGGUGCUGUUGGGGAUGUUGACACAACCCGAGUGUUAAAACUUAACCCGGAUGAGGUUGCUAGGUGUGUUAUGCCUUCAGUGUAAGAACUGGGCAAGCCAAAGGCAAAAUGUGUGAUAAUCGUCCCUUUAAGAAAACAGAACGGCUUGUUUCACAAGAACUUCAUAAAAUCAAAACGCAAAAAUUGUAAGUUUGUAUCUGAAAAGGACAGAAGACUGUCACUAAGGGCAGUUUAUGCUGUGUACACAAAUUGGAAAUUUGUAUUGGCGUAACUCGGGUAAUGGUAUCCUCCUAUGAAAAGGAUUAGGUGGUUCGAAGGUCCAUGGAGAACAACUGUCAGGUUGAAUAAACAUUUCUGGACUAGAGGAACAAAUGGGAAGAUGCCUUGGACCAAUGAGACAUUGUUGAUUCUCUUACCUGAGCAAACUAAUGAUUUAUUCAUUUUUCAGACUUUACUAUUUCUCACAGUUCUGCUUCUGCUAAUUCAGUAGGGAGUCAGGUACUACACUGACCAUGCAUUUUCAUUUAAUUCUUAAAUUUAUAUCCUGCCCUUCCUUCCAAAGCAACCAAUGUUGUCCACUAGUUAUUGCCCACGUGCCUUACUUCAACAACCAUACAAGUAAAAAAUUUAAAUUGCGCUGACCAUACUGUAGAAUCAUGAUAAGUACAAAUAUACAGACUUGACUGUAUUAAAAGUGACCAGAGGGAAACUUUAUUUGGCAACUCGGUUUAAAAACUGAGCUCACUUGAGUUGGUAUGGUGUUCAUAGAUCAAUCUGGUCCUGAAUGUUCUUUUUCUGGUGCAAAUCCCAUUCUUUCUGAAGGCAUGUGUGCCAACUUCUGAAGAUAUAGGCAGAUGAAUUGCACUUUUAGCAUUGCUCCUGUUUUUGUUAUGGGUGUAUUGACCACAUAGAUUCAUGUAGUUCUCAAAAUGGACAGACUUUCUCAUAUAUUCAGUACUAAUGUGUUGCUAAUUGGUCUUGUGCCAACUGUUGCCAUUUCAUCGUGUGUGUGUGUGUGUGUGUGUGUGUGUGUUAUGGGCAAUUAUUGGGCAGCUUGCACAUCUACCCUGCUUUUUGCCUUUCCUUUUAUUUCUUGGACACUUGGUUGAAAUUCUCUAGUGUGACUUCUCUGUUGUACCUUACUUGUACAUAGUACUGGAUUGUGUGAAAACAGAAGAUGAAUACUGGUAUAGACUGUAUGCAAAGUGCAUUGAGCUCUGACUGUGCCACCAAACCUAGUGUCUUGGUGAGAUUGGUAAAUUCUCAUGUGGCUUCUAAACAUCACCUCUCUGUGGGGAACAUAAAUCAUGUCAUAUUGCUCAUAUGAUCACACUCCUAUUCACAUAUGCACUUGUGCAGUGCUUUUAUUUAUUUUUUGCUGGUACUCACCAUGAAGUUGUUUGAGUAAGUGCCACACUUUUUAACAACGAAAAAGAGGUGCCAGUACUACAUACCCUUGAGUACCCUCUGAAAAGAAAGCACUGCAUCUGUGUUUGCCACCUUUCUUCCAAGGUGCUCAGGCAGGCAAAUAAGGAGCUGUGUUUCAGUUGCGUAAUGUUUCUGUGAGGUUGGCUGGUCUGUGACAAUAAUUUGUCAAAGGUCUGGAUAGGAUAUUAUUUGGGAAUUCCUAUGUUCACUGCCUUGAGAUUCCUGGAGUGAGAUACAAAAUUGGGGAUCAAGGGGUCCCAGUUGCCACAGAGUUGGUAUACUGCUUGGAAAUCCAGAGUGAUAUUUCUGGCAUAGUCCUGCUACCAAGGAUCUAUUUGACACAAUGAGACUUUGGUAGGUUCAGUUCUGAUGGCAAGAAUACAGUCGUACCUUGGUUUUUGAACAGCUUAGUUCUCGGACGUUUUGGCUUCCAAACGCCGCAAACCCAGAUGUGACUGGUCCAGUUUGCGAACUAUUUUUGUAAGCCGAAAGUCCAGUGGGCCUUCUGCGGCUUCCAAUUGGCUGCAGGAGCUUCCUGCAGCCAACCAGAAGCUGUGCUUUGGUUUCCAAACAUUUUAGAAGUCGAACAGACUUCCGGAACAGAUUCCAUUCCACUUCCAAGGUACGACUGUAUAGCAGUUGCCAAAUAAUCGCAAACAUUUUUAAAUCAGCAGACACUAGGCAAAUGUUUGUGUUGUAAAGUUCUUGUUGGAUACAAAUAGAGCAAAAGAUAUCUGUAAUCCGAAAACUUAAAUUUUGCUGAGAGAAAUCGGUGUUGAAAUGCUGGUGUGGAAAAUGCAGCUUUGCAAAAUAACUGUCCUGUCUAGGGAGCUUGGGGGAGUGUCUGCCUAUUUGCCUUAGUCUUCUUGGGGCAAAGCUAUGAGAGAAAGGGAGCGCUGGCAGCUUGGUGGGUGGGCAUUGAAGGCAAGAGUGACAUGCUAAAUACCGCACUGCAGCUUAAAAAACAAAACACUGAUAACAUCCUUGGAGUGAGUGCUCUGCUACGUGCAGAGCUGCUGGAAAAAGAAGAUUGGAAAGGAGGGAUUUUAAGCAGAUAUACUUAUGAGCAUAUAGGUCACAUGGUGAAACACAAAAGCAUAAUAUGUCAUAGUUCAAAGUUGGGCAGUCCUAGGAAACAAGUGUUGAUUUUUCUGUCAAUGGCAGCGUGUGGUGGUGUACUUCUGUUCAUUUAAAAUAAACCCUACCUUCCUGUUUGAUAACAGGCCUCCAAGGUGGCUGAUAAGUGAAAAUAAAUACAUGCUAAAGAGUUGUUUCAUUAAGGUAGUGGUGACGAUGAUUUUAGUUAUUUAUUUAGGAGUAUUUAUACCCCACCUACUAAUUAAAAGUUCUCAAGGCAGUUUGCAUUGUAUUUAAAACACAAGCAAACUGAUAUAAAACAAACUGAUAAAAUAGUCACCGCAGCAGGCCAAAGAUGUACCAUAUUUUUCCGUGUACAGUGGUACCUCGGGUUACAGACACUUCAGGUUACAGACUCCACUAACCCAGAAAUAGUACUUCGGGUUAAGAACUUUGCUUCAGGAUGAGAACAGAAAUCGUGCUCCGGCAGCGUGGCGGCAGUGAUUAGCUAAAGUGGUGCUUCAGGUUAAGAACAGAUUCAGGUUAAGAAUGGACCUCCGGAACGAAUUAAGUACUUAACCUGAGGUACCACUGUAUAAGACAGUGCUUUUUUUGCUUUAAAAAAAUGUCAAAAGUUGGGGGUUGUCUUAUACAUGGAUGGUGAAUGCACAGGGUUUGGGCUCUAGCUCUGGUGCGAGCAGUCCAGGCUUUGGUUCAGGUUCUGGCACUGGUGGUCUGGGUUCGGGGUUGGGCUUUGGUGCGGGUGGCCCAGGUUCGGGUUCGGGCUCUGGCUCUGGCCCCACUUCUUAAUUUAGGGUUGAAAAAAAUAGGGGUUGUCUUAUACAUUGGGGUGUCUUGUACAGUCAUACCUCGGGUUAAAUAUGCUUCAGGUUGAGCGUUUUCGGGUUACACUCUGCGGCGACCCGGAAGUAACGGAAUGCGUUACAUUGGGGUUUCGCCGCUCGCGCAUGCGCAGACGCUCAAAAUGACAUCAUGCGCGGAAGCGGCGAAAUGCGACACGCGCAGUCGCGUGUUACAUUCUACUUAGGAUGCGAACAGGGCUCCGGAACGGAUCCCGUUCGCAUCCAGAGGUACCACUGUACAUGGGAAAAUGCUUGCUGGAGCUGAUGGUUGUAGUUCAGCAGCAUUUGUAGGGCCAUAGUUUCCUUACAUUUGCUCUAAGGCCAGACUAAAAGCAAUUGCUGCAAAUGUGUUUACUUAAACCCAGGCCUGCCCCAAAACAAAAGGAGUUAAUGUUUGAUGGGAUGCUAAAACCACUACCAUUAGGUUUUCCCCCUCAAACCAGCUGAUAUUCAAUUGGAGAGAUUUAAAUUGUAGGUGCAGGGGGGGGCUCACCCCCCCUUCCCUGCAGAUUUCCCUUUUGCUAUAAAAUUGAUAUCCCACCCCAGUCUGUCGCUGACUCGUGUACUUUGGCCCUAAGGUUGGUUUCGUUGUACAGGAAAAUCAAAACUUCCAACUGUGAAACAGGAUGUUGUUCCUUUAAAGAACGGAAAUUGUUUGUUCAUGUCUCUGGCUGCCCAAAUACUAUAGCAGAGGGCUUUCUAGCAACUUUAUACGGCUGCCAUGGAAGCACCUUUAUUUGCUCAGGUCUUGACCUCCCCAAGAGGCAAACAAGAGUUGGCUAUAAAUCAUGGCACUUGCUCCUCUAACCCUUCACCCUGCUGUCUCAUUAUUUUCUUCUCCAACCCCUCCCCCAACGUAGCUAGAGAGCAAGAGUAGUUAAACCGGUUAGUUCUCAUCUGGUUUAUGGUUUUAUGAGCAAUGUGAUGUCUCACGGUACAUCUUAAAUUACCAAAGGAAAAUAUUUAAAUAAAUGUCCUUUUGAAAUUCAUGCUAUGCAAACUUAUUUUGCAAGUUCUUGAACUUGCACUGUGCUUCGCUGUGUGAAGCUGGAAACAAAACAGUACGCUCCAAUAUGUUGGGAGUAAUCCCCAUUGAAUGAAGUGAGUCUUGCCUCUAAGUAAACAUACGUAGAAUUGUGCAGAAGGGAAGGGACUCCAGGGACCACAAAUUUUGACUUGACUAUGAAGACCGGGCAAAAUUUGGGGGUCCCUGGUGUAAGGAACUGUCAUUUGCAGAACUAAAUAGAACCUUUAUAUAAAUUUGGAACAUUAUGUCUUUGUAAAGUUGAGACAAGCCUUCUUGGUUCCUUGUAUAGCAGCAAAUCAAGGUCACUUACUUGAAGACUUAAUUUUCCAAAAGCAAAGGAUCUGAAUUUGGCAAAAUAUUUUUCAACUAGAUGGAAAAUAGAGGUUUCAGCUGUUUGGUGAAACCCCAAAGAGGUGAGUUCUCAGGAGUGCCACAACCAAUUUAUUUAGAAGCCCAGUGCAUUUUGGAUAAGUUCCCUUGUCAGGGGCAUCUUAGAAAGAGAUGAAUAUAGCACAGAAAUGGAGCUAAUUUAUUGUCUCGUUGGUCCUUUAAUUUAUUGAAGCUGACAUGCCUGCUGUUUUAUAUAGUGAUAAUGAUAAUUUCGCCCUCUAUUUUCACACAGGAAACCUUAAUACAGUAAGCUCACAACUUACACAUAUUUAGCUUUACACAAUUGGCAAAACUUGUUUAGCAACAUUAAAAAGGGGGCUAGCAUCGGGGGGGUGAGGCGGGAAGACUUUGGCAAUGCCAACUGCCAUUGCACCCAGUGUGUUCUGAUUAUACAUUGAUUUUGGCUUUAGAGAGGGCCCCCAGAAUUUACCCCCACGUAAAUUGAGGACUUGCUAUACCCUAAAUAGAAAUUGACUGCUUCAGCGAUACUGACCAAUGCUUAACAGUACAAGUCUUGUUUAAAACAUUUCCUGCCUGCAUUGAUUUCACAAUUGGCAACCAUUUAAUGUAAUUGCAAGUGGCUGAAUAAAUGAAGACUCAUUUAAAACAUUUUGUUAAAGGAAACGUCUUUCAUCUUUCAGGAAUAACAGGAAUUUGUUUUCUGAAGAACAGGAAUUCAUGCAGGUGUGCGCACAGAACCAGAUUUUCCAAAGAGAGGCAGGGCUCCCUUGGUGUGUUUUGGCAGAGCUGGGUUUUCCUACCUGACAGCCACAUAUGACUCCUCUUCCUGCUCUUCUCCAAACAACCAUUGAAAUGCAAGCAGCCAAAAGGGAGGAGCUGUUAUGCUUCUGUUCCUUCAUCGCUUCUUCCUUUCUUGAGGAACAGAGACCUCCAAGUGCAAUGCCUCUGUCUGUCCUAGUCAUGGUAUAGAACUAGGCACUGCUAUAGUCUAGGGCUCUCCCUUGGCCUACUUAUGAGCCCAUCCAUUUAUCUGAAAUAAGCACCUAAAACAUUUAUGCUUUGGCUGUACUGAAAAAUAUAGUUCAGGCAUGUCCAGGACUUGGUUUGCCCCAAGGCAAGACAGCAUUUCAUUCACCUGUGCUGUAAAAGUUCUUUUAAAUGUAAUUGCACUGUCCAGUUUUCAGUACUUCGGAAGGAGUAAAUGUACUGUAUUAAAUUACUAACCUGUAUCUUUAGUGUUUUCAGGGCAGUUCAUUAUAUAAAUACAAUAAUAACGCUCAGCCAUAAAAUUCAGUAACAAUAGAUACACAGAAGCCUUUCAAAUUGAGGGAAACCGCUUACCAAAUAAUUAGAAUGCUGUUUUUCAAAGGUUGUCCCAGUGGAUAUGGUGAGAGUUUUGGAUCUUGGAGACAAAUACUGGAAUUUAUGUCUUUGUAUUGCCUUGGGAAUGACCUAGUCAGAAGCUAGCUUUUAUUGGAAAGCUACUUUGAGAUGGGCAAAAGCAUUGACAAAUCAAGUCCUCAUCUCAUUGCUACGUCUCAGUCCAUCCUUCCCCACUAUAAACUGGAUGAGAAUGUCAAUAAAAGGCUAACUGGAUCCAAAUCUGAACUUCUGUGGUCCAACCCUCUAACCACCAUACAGUAUUGGGUUUCAUUUUAAGCUGUCUGGCACCUCCUACAAAACCAAAUUGUUCACUGAACUUUGCAGUUCAAUACAUUUAAGAGACCUUGGGAAAGUUGCUGGUUCUUCAGAUUGGUAUUCAUAUCACUUGCCUUUGGCAAAUAAACUUGAAUUUAAUUGUGGUCUUUCGGAAAAGCAUAGCCAUUAAAAUUCUUAAGAGGAUUGGACAAGCUAAUAGUAUGACAACGGCAAGGUUAUUAAGUUGAGAUAUAACUAAAGUUGAUAAAAUCUUGAGAUCUUCUAUUGGAUAAAGUUGUGCAUGUUUGGUGGGGAAGAAGGCAUGCAGACCAUUAAUAUUGCAUCAGCUGCAAACUUGUUUGGUAUAGUUUGAAUAUGAGUGUCGGGUAAGAGGAGACAGUGGGAAAGAACGCACAAAAAUUCAAUCUGAUAAGGUAAAGGUAGAUUACUACAUUUGAAAAUAAAAGCAUUUGUAAAUCACAGAAAACACUGCUGAUAACCCCAUGCCCAUCCCUGGACGCAAGAUGCCUGCCAGAAUAAACAUUGCCUCUAGAAAACAUUCCCGCUUGAGCUUUGGCAAACACCUGGGAGGAAGAGCAUUGGAGAACAGCCAGUACAACUCUUGUGCCACCGCCAUUCAUGACUUUCUUGGUGUGGCUAGCACUGUUGAACACACAGCAGGCCAUGAGGAUUGUUGAGGAAGGGGUGAUCUUAUCCAGUGGCACUCUUCUUAUUAGGUCAAAGCUCCACCUACUUCAGCAUCCUGCUUUGUACAGUGGUCAACCAGGUGCCUCUGGGAGCCACAAGCAACAGCUCCACCCUUUUUGCCUGGAAACUUUGAUUUGAUGAUAUACACCCUUUGAAAUGGAGGCUCCAUAGUCAUGACCAAUAGACUUAUUCGUGAACUUAUCUAAUCUCCCUUUCAUGACAUCUAAAUAUAUGGCCAUCAUCACAUCCUGUAGCAUAGGAUUCCAAAACCUAUACAUUGUGUGAAGGUCACAAACAGGAAUCUUGCAGGGAUUGGUACCCAAGCUACUGAAGGCUACACACUGAAAAUAAAAUGAUGAAAAUGGCAAAGAGUACCCCCCCUCAAACUAUCAAAUAUAAAAAAGCUUGACAGUGCUACUCUGGGAUGUCGUUGACCCUAUGCAAGUUGCAAGGUCUUUAUAGUACUCUGUUUGAACAUCAUUUACCUUAACCUGAGGUGGAAAAUCCAAAUUGCAGCCUCUUGAUAUUCCCCAUUAACUUUAGCAGAACCGUCUCUUGAUUUAUGUUCUCAUACAGAUUCUGUUCAUUUUGGAGGAGUGCUUUCUGCUGGAUUUUGCUUCUUGGGGUCAGGUCUAUCUUACGACACUCAAACUCUGCUGCCUGAGGUGCGUCAACUAAUGGCAAGACCUUUCAACUUUUGAUGGGAGAGGGGUAAAAACUGGAAGCUAGCUGUUUUGGCUCAUGAUCAGAGCUGACUAAAAUGUUUUAAACAUGCAAGUAUCUCCCAUCUGUAGGAAUCCAUGCUGAAAUUAAUUUUCUAAAACAGCGUUGACAGUUCUUUAGCUUUUACUGUUAACAAUCAAUUAGUACCUUAAAGGUUUUUUCUUCUUCUACAUUUCUUUCCUCGGGGCUGCAACCUGAAUCCUGUUUAUGCAGAGCUGCUGAGCAAGGUGGAGAUUGACUUGCAAUCUUAAUUGAUCCCUCCACCCUUUAGUUCUGCUGAAGGAAGAGUUCAAAACUUUUGCUUUGUAAACUUUGCUCUCUUAAAAUGGCUUCCGGUUCUUUGCUUUCCCAGCAAAAAGUAGGGAGGAAUAGGUUAAUAACUUUCAAAGCAAGUUAACUUAGCUGAAAUAAUAACUACAGAGGUCACGUGGGCAGAGUUGAGGAAAGAGCAAUUCAGUCUCUUUAAGCAUUCCCCACCCCAGCUUUUAAGUUUGCAUCAGGUAAGGGAUGUGCUAGGAAACCCAAAUAGAAAAUCAUACAUCAUGUUGUACAAAGCGCUUCAGAGGAUUGCUUUUUUAUUCAUUUUGAGCCACAGCUUAGUGUUUUUCCCCAGCAAAUAUUUCAAUUGAUCUGUUAUGGCUGACCUCAGAAAUACUUCCCCCCCACCCCACCUUUGUUCUAGUAACCUGAGGGAGUAUGAAAUUUAAUACCCAGCAGCCAUAUUGGCCUAGAUUUGAACUCCUAUAAAAUUCUAUUCAUCUUGAGAUUCAUUUGGAAUAUUUUGUGUGUGCGUGUUGGGAGUUAGGGUCUGAGUUAAUGCAUGGUGUAUUUGCCAGAGGCCACAGAAUUUAGAGUAUUAAGUUGCUUAAGAAGAAGGGAGAGAUUCCAACAUAAAGACAAACCGGUUAGAGCGGUUUUUAGGUGGGUGUUCCUUCACUAAUACAUCAUUGUUACUUUAAUUUUUUAACAUGUUGCUUAUGAAGCAUGCCCCUACUAUUGCGUUCAAACAUCUUGCUUGGAGAAUUCUAGUACAUACAGAAUAUAAUUGAUUGUGACUCAGAUCAUGAGAAGUACUCUACUGCAAAUGCAAAUGCAAAUAGACAUAAAUUCCUGCUAGCUAUAUCCAACUACUAAGUUGUACUCGGAUUAGACUUAAUGGAUCCAAGUGAGUCACAUUCAUCAGUUGCAGUCGGUCUACUCUUGGGAAUGGCCAGUGUUGGAUACAGUUCUCCGUCUCUGCUGUUCCUACGAACUUUGAGAAUUGAAUUUUCAUAAGGGGAUGGGAAACUGCAACGCUCUGGCAUCUUACUAGAACUCUUCCUGUUGGAGGAGCAACCGUAUCAGUUUCGUCAAGUUAAAAAUAUUUACAGUAUUUACAUGUAGGCUAAUAACAAAGUUUUCAUGUUGUUUUACAAUAAUAUAAAUGCAUCCUAAUUAUCAUGUUGCUUUCUUUCCACUCUGCAAGUUACUAUAUAUAUAUAUAUAUAUAUAUGCGCUCCCCAAAAAGGUUAGGCUGAAUUAAUGGUGCUCUUGUUCUAGAAAGACUAAACAAAACACAAAGUUUACAUUCCAUUUUUACUAUAUGAAAAGCAAACUAAAUAUUUAAAUUCAGUAAACCUUGCAGUUUGUAGCUUUUUGCAGUGUGUGUGUGUGUGUGCGCGUGCAUACAGCUUCAUGGUGUUGCUUAUUAACUUCUGUAGAGUAGGCACAUAAACUAUAAACUGUUUACGUUGAAUCUGAGGCAGUGGAAGUGGUCUUGUCUCCCUGCGCUUUGCUGUGACAUGUAAACAUAUCUACACCUACAUACCCAACUUCUGCAAUAUUUACCACCAAUUCUGAGGUUAAAGAACGGAACAUUAAGGGGCAUGUGCAUGUUGAAGUGUGUAUGUCUAGGCAAGAUUUAGCUGUUUCGGCAAACACAUAGAGUACACACAAUCUUUUACAUGGGCAUUGCAUAUAGCUGUGUGUGUCUGAAUAUACCUUCUGAAACAAAUAUGCAACACAAUCCAGGCUUACUGAGCUGAAGGGUGUUGGAUUUUGUCUUCUGUACAGCAGUAUUCAUGACUGGUCAUACUUGUCAGUUGACCCAGUGAUCUUAAUAAGUCAAAUGUUACUGUUGGGCUUGUCCAAAUAAGGAUGUGCAUGACCACUUUCUCUAGUUAACCUUGCUUAUUUAAUUGCUGAACUUUGAAAAGCUAAAGUAAAUUUUGGUGUGGUAAUUUGUGACUAUGUGGUUGCAAAGCAGGAGAUGUUUAUUCUCUGAGCAGAGUGUAAUGGGUUUCCCAUCAUGCUGUUGCUACUACUUUCAGGAAGUUUGGCAGGGAUAAGCAUGCAUGAACAGUUUCUCUCUUCAAGGCAUCCACUUGCCACACAUGCCACACAUUUGUUCUGGCAUUACAGAAAUGAGCAGAUAUAAGCAUCAGACUAAUGUGCCUUUUUUCCUGUGUCCUCAUCACUUUUUGUUAUGUAAGCUUCUUUUGGGUGGGAGCCUAUCUUCACUUAACAUUGUAAAGCAAGGAACAUAGCUCAGUUGGUUAGAGCAUGGUGCUGAUAAUGUCAAGGUUGCAGGUUCAAUCCCCAUAUGGGACAGCUGCAUAUUCCUGCAUUGAACGACAGCUGCAUAUUCCUGCGUUGAACGAGAUAAUCCUCAGGGGUCCCUUCCAGCUCUACGCUUCCGUGAUUCUGUGUGUGGUUUGGCACUAUAUAUAAAUACUAAUACAACUACUAUACUCUGCCAGGAUCAGUUGAAGUCGUUGGCCAUGGUUUGCGAUAAAUUGCCACCUAAAGUUUGGCUCAUGAAGGAAGGGGGAGUACAAGGACCUUGGGCCUGCAUCUCCUUUUUUAUGAUGCCAAACCAUGUUUUGGUGUGGCAUUUGGUUCUGCAUACUUUCAAGAUUCAAACAUACAUCUUCGUAGCCGAGUAAGAUUGCCUUCCAUAAACACAGUUUUAACAAUGAGUCUGUAAGUGACUGUGGAGGCCAAUUCUGGAUCCACACGUCCUUCCACAGUGGGAACAUAGGUUUCCGGGCGGGAGUUGAUCAUGGUGUGGAUUUGCCAAGCAUGCCUUCCUCUUAGCACGUUUCUCCCUUGCGUCCUGAGUUUGAUUGUCUUCAAAGCCCAUGACACCUUUUAAAGGCUGUUCUCCAACUGGAGAGCUUGCAGGCCAGUCUUUCCCAGUUGUCAGUGUUUAUACUACAUUUUUUAAGAUUUGCCUUGAAACAGUGUUUAAACCUCUUUUGUUGACCACCAGCAUUACGCUUUCCAUUUUUAAGUUCAGAAUAGAGUAGUUGCUUUGGAAGACGAUCAUCAGGCAUCCGCACAACAUGACCAGUCCAACGAAGUUGAUGUUGAGGAAUCAUUGCUUCAACACCGGUGAUCUUUGCUUCUUCCAGUACACUGAUAUUAGUUUGCCUGUCUUCCCAAGUGAUGUGCAACUUUUUCAGAGACACCAUUGAUGGAAUCUUUCUAGGAGUUGUAACCCUAUAUUUUCCCUCAUGCCCUUGAUUUUAUCAACUUAAUUUUUGAAAUAUGAAUGUUGGUCUUUGCAGCCGCAUGGCCUGAAAUAAUACAGGAAAACCCACCUUGUCUUAGCCAUUCAUGUUUGAGGUGUGACAAAAAGCUAGCAAACUACCAAUAUCAUAGCAGUAUGUAUUGCCUGCUGAUUAGUUUACAGUGAAGUAAACUAAGCAUUUGGCUUAUCUGCAUCCAUAAGACGUCAGUUAAAAAUUAAUACAACUAAGCAAUACUUUAAUAACAUAAUUAUUUCAAUUUCAAAUUCUUACUACAGUCGUACCUUGUUUUGCAGCCGGGAUCCAUUCCAGAGCCCUGGCCGCUAGCUGAAAAGGACGCAGGGCAAAGCACUGCGUCUGUGCAUGCAUACGUUCAGAGCAGUUUGUGCUUCUGCACAUGCACAAAGCGCGAUUUAGCGCUUCUGCACAUGCGCGCAGGGCAAACCUGGAAGUAACCCGUUCUGGUACUUCCGGGUUUGCUGCGGACGUUCGCCGGAAUGGACACUAGACAAGGCGGACGUUCGCGGAGGAUCAGCUACAGAAUGUACAUUUAAUGCAGCAACGUUAACAGAAAAAAAAUCUUAAACAUUUCAAAAGAAAACACUAGUAAAGGAAGUCAAAUAUAAAAACAACAUAACAAGAGAUCAAAAUAUUGUAAGUACAGUAGACCCUCGAGUUAUGUACCACUCUGGAUACGUAACUUUCGGGUUGCAUGCACAGAAGUGCUCUAUUGCAAUGCGCGUGUGCACAGAAGUGGCGCCUCCAGUUAUGGACUUUUCGAGUUAAGUACAGACCCCUGGAACAAAUUUAAUUCGUAUCUGGAGGGUCCACUGUACAGACAUCUGCUACUGUUGCUGCUAGUCCUGCCCAAUGGUGGUUUAUGGUGGGUGGCAGCUGUGGAAUCUCAGUCUCAAUGACCUGGGUCUGCGCUAAGAGACAGCCAAGAUGGUCUCUGGCCUCUUCAGCAGCCUCAGCUUUUGUAGCUGGAGUCAAUCAGGGUUCUGCCCUCCCAAGGAAGGUAGAAAAAGGCAUGGAGGCAUGAAGCAGGUCUUCCUAGACUCACAGCCAAUAUAGCUUUAGGCAUUUGUUAAACUGCAUGAGUAGUUCUGUCCUUUUUUUGGAUAUUGUCAGGCUGGAGCUUGCUCACUGCUGGCUUCAGUAGGAAGCCCACAGUAAAUACACUAUUGAAGUGGAUAGCUCGGUUGGUUAGAGCCUGAGGCGGAUAACAACACCAAGGUUGCAGGUUUGAUCCCCAUAAUGCUUUAUUUUUAUUUUGAAAAUUUAUACCUCACCCCACCCUCACAAUGCAUUUGCAUAGCUCAUGGUGGUUUAUAACAACAACUGUCCUUUUUUUUUUAAACCGAGCUUAAAAAGAAAAAUUCUCAAAUAUAAACCUACCACGUAAAAAUAAACUGUCCAGUAAGACCAAUGCUACAAGGGACGCGGGUGGCGCUGUGGGUAAAACCUCAGUGCCUAGGGCUUGCCGAUCGCAUGGUCGGCGGUUCGAAUCCCCGCGGCGGGGUGAGCUCCUGUCUUUCGGUCCCAGCUCCUGCCCACCUAGCAGUUCGAAAGCACCCUUAAGUGCAAGUAGAUAAAUAGGUACCGCUUUAUAGCGGGAAGGUAAACGGCGUUCCGUGUGCGGCGCUGGUGCCAGUUCGCUGGAGCAGCUUCGUCACGCUGGCCACGUGACCCGGAAGUGUCUGCGGACAGCGCUGGCUCCCGGCCUAUAGAGUGAGAUGAGCGCACAACCCUAGAGUCUGUCAAGACUGGCCCGUACGGGCAGGGGUAGCUUUACCUUUACUUUAAGACCAAUGCUUGCCAACUUUUUAAACUGUUGGUAAAAACCAAUUUGAGGGAAAUCAAAUGGAUCUUCCAGGAUCAGAUAUUCCAGACUCUGGGAACAGUCUCUGAGACUCAAAGUAUUCCCCAGCCCCAGUCAGUACAGUGGUACCUCGGGUUAAGAACUUAAUUCGUUCUGGAGGUCCAUUCUUAACCUGAAACUGUUCUUAACCUGAGGUACCACUUUAGCUAAUGGGGCCUCCCACUGCCACUGUGCUGCUGCCACAUGAUUUCCUGUUUUCAUCUUGAAGCAAAGUUCUUAACCCGAGGUACUAUUUCUGGGUUAGCAGAGUCUGCAACCUGAAGCAUCUGUAACCCAAGGUACCAAUGUACAUGGUGGUGGGCCUCUUCUAUAGAUCAUAGGAAGUGGACAGGAGGAUAGUUUUCUUGGUUCUAAGCCAUCUAGCUCUUUAUAGGUAAUAAGAUUUUAAUUGUAUGGUCCUGGCAAACAGAAUGGCAUCCGGCACAUCCGCUGCAGAACAGGUAUAUUAUUAUCCCAUCAGUGAGCAUCCACUAAUGUUCUUGACUAGUUGGAAGUUUCUGAAGACUCUUCUAGUAAAAUUCACUGCAAUCUGAAUUUAAAUAAGGCAUGUUUAAUGUGGCCAGGUUUGAUUUUUCUCAGGAACAGGCACAAUCUAAGCUGUGCAAAGGUGCCCAUGAACAAUGUUCGAAACUCCCAUUGUUCUAGGCAUGUUUUGUGACAGGAAUUUCAUUAAUGUGAGCAGUUUCUGAGCUCUGGACGCAUUACUGCGCAUAAGAUUUCAGAUUAAAACUGUGACUGCUGGAAAGAAAAGAAGACCUUUUUUCUGCCUCCCCACUUCCAGCCACUCUCUGAAGACUGGAGAAGGGACUCUCCUAAGAAUAUUAGGGGGGCAGGCAGGUAAAGUAUGGUUUUAUUUUUUUGCAGUCUUCAGAUAAGGAAUAGACCAUGUGAAAAAUGAAGUUUUUAGCUGCAGUUCAUUUUUUUUCAGCUUUGUAUUCUUGUUAUUAAAAAACGCACCUACAUACUCUGUUGCGGUGCCCAUAACCUAGGUUUAAAGUGCCAUUUAGCUCCUAGCUUUCAUAUCUCAGUUUCCAUGAACAUAGCAUAAAGAUGCAAAGUUAGAUUCAGGAGUACCCAAAAACUGCAAGCCCAAUUCCUUUAUUUUCCAAGGGGAGUGCUGCCCCAUCCAAAACAGGCUGAAUCCCUAUUCCAGAGUCUUGCAUUUGUCUUCAAAUGGAGCACCUUUUCUGGAUUAAACUUCACCCCACUUUGAGUCUGUUACCACCUCCAGACUGCCUUUGGCAGGUCCCCUGAUAUCUGAUGGAGAAAAAGAGGUGCGUGUCGUAGAAUUGUAUACAGUUGGAAGGAGCCGUAAGGGUCAUUCAGUCCGAACCCUUGCAGUGCAGGAAUCUUUUGCCCAAUGUGGGGCUUGAACACACGGCCCUGAGAUUAAGAGUCUCAUGCUCUACUGACUGAACUAUCCUAGGAGCAGGGCUUUUUUUCUAGUAAAAGAGGUGCCAAAGUUGUUGAGCUCACUCCUAAAAAAGCUUCUCUUCUUUGCCUGCUUGUGCCACCUUAGCAAUGCCACAAUGAUCGCCAUGCAGCCCGCAGCAUCCGCCGCACAACACAAAGCGCUGUGAUGACCGCAGCCUCCAUUGUUCAACUCAGAGCACUGUGCUGCCCGCCUCUUCUGGCAUACAGCCCCCAGUGACAGGGUGCCGGAACACACCAAAGAGGUACCGGAACUCCGUUCCGGUGAGUUCUGGAUGAAAAAAAGCCCUGCCCAGGAGUUAUUCGCACAUUGACAACACAGCCCAGAUCCCUGUACAAUUCCUGUCCACUGGGAAUGUUAAGAAGCAUGAGGAACAGAACUGGUCCUUGUGGGGUGCCAGUGGCACCAAACGGGACCCCUCCAGCAGCAUCCCCUGGAAAAGACCUGCAAGGAAGUACUAGAACUGAAUAAUGUUGUGCCUGAAGCUUAUCCUAGCCAGAGUGAUUCAGAAGGUAACCGUGGUCAAUUGUAUUGAACUCUACUGAGGAGUCCAGCAGACCCAACAGGGAUGUGCUUCCCUUAUUUGGCCCUUGGCGUGGAUCUGCAAUUAGUGAGAGACGUUUCCCCCCACCCUUCUUUCUCUUGCAUGAAAGAGCAAAAUUGUCUGACAGUUCAUGGCUUCAUCUAUGUGCAGGGUUAAUGGGUAUGCAUGUAACCUGACUUUCAGUGAAUAUUUUUAAAUUGAAGAGCCUUAAUGGUAACUGUGGUGUAAGGUUUUUUUUUUUAAAAAAAUCAUUUAAAGCAGUUUCCCCUGUCCCAUUUCCAGAACUAAUUAAUCACGUUGUAUGCAUCCAGCAUUCUAUGCCUGCUGGAGUUGGGAGAUCCUGUGCGGCAUCAAUACCUUCCUCUUUUGGAGCAGUGAUACCCUGAAGAAGGAAGUAUAUGGAGACACUAGGAUUCCCUAAUGCAGGUUGUGCCUUGGAAAUCCAUCACGUGUCACCAUGUCCCAGAAAUCUCAGUCCCUUCCCUGAGUCCAGACUUGACUAGGGAAAUGGGAGGAUCAACUGCUUGCUAGGAAGUCUUAUUAACUGGGCAAUCCUGAAGGUGGCAAAGAGAAUGUCCGUUCAUUGUUCUGCAAGCUGACUCAGGGAAAACUGGGUGACGUUGCGCCCUAGUACUUAUUGCAAUACACUAAUCGAAGUGGUUGUGGCAUUUCUUUCUAUUCUUAUGAAACUUGUGGACCAGUAAGACAAGUACUUAAGUUUGAUUCAAGGAGUCAUCAUCUCCUUGCUAUUGCUACCUGUUGUUCUGGCCUCUGAUGUAGGAUCCUCCUUUUAAGCUCACUUCUGAUUUCUCCUUGUUGUGCUGCGUCUAAAGCACACCUUCUGCCAGUCCAGUUAUUUCUCUUACAUUUGUGUUCGUUCCUGCAACCCAGUCACUAUUCCCCUUUGCUCUCAUUUCUCCCCUUCUCAUCUCUCUUUUCCUGGCUUGACCCCCAGUUGGCUGCAAACUGCUAUGACUUCGCUAUAGUAGACUGCCUUGUUCCUGUUCUCUGCCAAGUGUAUCAACGCUGCCCGUGAUCCUGCAAAUACGGUUUAUCUAUCCCUAGCUGUGUGUGCUGCAGGUAUCGACAUUCACUGAACUCUUGGUAAAGAAAGGCAGAAUUACAUUUAAGGUCCCAAGGCCAUCCCAGGAGCUGUGAAUGUUCAGGGGAUUCAGUCUUUCUGAGUUAUUGAGAUGCCCCCACCCAGUGACAACAACAGUUUAAAUUCUUGGUAUUUCCCAUUAUUAUUAUUUUUACAAAAAUGGCAUGUUUAUUCUAAUGUAGUUUGGAAAAAAAUGAACUUUUAUUUUUUAAAAAAAAAAAUAACAACAAUGAAGUAAUAAAUAUGCAACUUGUUAAUCAUUAGUUCUUGGAGAGGGAAAAGAGCCCAUUAAUGCUUAACUUUAGUUGGAAUUGUGCCAUAGAUAAGUUUCUUCAUUUUGCCCUAGGUUUACUACCCUGGUUAUAAAUAGGCUAAUGAUUUCCAAGCUAUUUUAAAGGCGAUGCCUUUCCUGUUCUAGGCAUAGUAAAUAUUUAAAGUGUAAUUGUUUAAUCUUUGCUUCCAGAUAUUCACAACUCUCGAUAGAGGGGUGUGCUUAUCAAUACGUCAAUGAACUUUCGGUUGAGAAUUCCUCAAUGUCUAUUUUGCUACAUUUGGUAGUGUGAUAAAAACUGACUUCCUGCCUAUUGGCUGUGGCAUUAAUAAUUGUAGUCUUUCAUUCAUAUAUUUUCACUGUAAUGAGUUGCAACUUUGUGUUGACAAUUCUGAAAAUAGACAAGAGUGAACAUGCAAACAGCGUAACCCAAACAAGAGAUCAUACAUUUUUGUGUGAGGAACUGUGGAAAGAUUAGCUGACAAUAAAGCAUUGUCCGGAGAGUCAAUUAAGCGUGUAGGUUUAGCAAGCUUGGGAACAAGCCCUAGCAUGUGACUUUAUAAAUAACAAUUUCACAACAAACAUAGGCUUGGUAAGUGGGCCAUAAAUCUGAGCAGUCAGCCUGCUGAGCAUUUUAAAUGCCAGCCUUGCCAUUGCAUUAUUUUGAAUUGACUGCUGGUGAGAAAAUUAAGGAGAGCUGGAGUUGAGCUAAAAAACUAUUCUGUUGUCAAAGCCAUUUUUUUGCAUCGUUCUGCUUCAUGGAUUCAGCCUCUACUGCUUGCUUGUUUCCAUAAAGGGAAAUGGGGUCAUUGGGUUAAAAACAAAAACCCACAAUACAAAGGAUUCAUAUACAGGAAAAAGAACUGCAGGGCUGUGGAAUGCAACAGGUGGCAUAUCUCCCCUGACACAGCAAUGCAACUUUGAUUGUAGAAGUGGUUGUGUGCUCUAAUCUUCCCCAGAAUUUUCUGCUCCAAGCAAGAGGAGGAAUACAGUGGGGUAAGCACACUUUAUGAAGAAAUCGAUCUGGAUAUGAAAAGAAAUGAUACUCUGUCACACAUACAGGUGGGCAGAGGGAGACUCGGAGAAAGGCUUCCUACAAUCAUGGAAUCAUAGAAAUGUAGAGUUGGAAGGGACCCCAAGGGUCAUCCAGUCCAGCCCCCUGCAAUGCAGGAAUCUCAGCUAGAGCAUCCAUGAUAGAUGGCCACCCAACCUCUGCUUUAAAACCUCCAAGGAAGAAGAGUCAGCAUCCUCUGGUUUUCUCCAGUGUUGUGGUCGGGAGAAAGUGCGGAGGCGCCAUUCUUCUGGCCAAGAAUGGCUGGUCAGCUUGGGCAAGUGGGCACAGCCACCCCUGAAGUCCCAGAACCCCAAGGACAGAAGAGCUCAGUCCCUCCUGCCUCUCGCCCACCCUUGUUAAUUUUUUUCACUCUCAGAGUAAAUGAAUCUUUACAUCAAACGAGACUGGCUAGUCUGCCAGCCAGAAGCAACACUCUUGCUGAUUCCCAUGCCUCCGCUACCUCACAGGUUCAUUGAUAAAAUCAGCUCUGUAUCUCUGGGACCAGUUUUUAGUUUCUGGCCAAUAAGCAUUCAAAGAGCAAUCAGUGUGUGUUGCUAAGUCCUACCUGGGGGGGGGGGGGAGAGGCGUGGCAGGACAACCAGGGAAACAUAGUCAACUUGCUUGGAGCUACACUCCUCUGCUAAUCCUUUCUCUCCUGCCUCCACCAAUUGUUAACAUUCAGAAGGUCACAAAAGUUUAGCAAAGAGAUAAUCAGUGCUCCCAACCAAUUCAAGUUGCAGCGUUUUCCAAUCCUCUGCACAUUUUUUAAGAAAGUGAGUGAGAGUCAGGCUGCAGCUUGCUUUUACACUUGCAUAAUUUUGUUACGGCCUUGCCUAAACAAUAUGUGUGUGUGAGAGAGAGAGAGAGGACUAGGAGGAGCUGGAAUAGGAGAUGAAAAAUCAUCUCAGUGAGUUAGUCUCUUUAUUUAAAUUUUUUGUUAAUGACAAGCCAGAGGUGAACACAGAGUGCAGAGGUGGGGAGUGGGUGCUUAUCACCAGCAUGCGCCCCAAGCUUUUCUCCUCCUCCCCUUAAUAUCCCUUUGUUUGCUGGCUGUAGCAGCAAAAAGAAAACAAAAAUCAAAAAUUAAAAGUAUCAAGAGGCCAAAAGAAACACUGCCAUUUUUAUGUAGUCUGGUGUGACUAUUGAUUAUACAAAUAACAAGGGAUAUGGUAAAACAGUACCCUCCCCAUUCCUAUAAAUUUUCAUUGUUAUUGAUACAAAAUAACUUUUACUUACGGUCACCAAGCUAAGCAAUACACAUUACAACACAUCAUUUCAUAUACAGUGGCACCUCUGGUUACGAACUUAAUUCGUUCCAGAGGUCCGUUCUUAACCUGAAACCGUUCUUAACCUGAGAUACCACUGUAGCUAAUGGGGCCUCCUGCCGCCGCCGCUGCGCAAUUUUGUUCUCAUCCUGGGGCAAAGUUCUUAACCCGAAGUGUUUGUAACCCAAGGUACCACUGUAUGUAAUGACUAAUAAUUUUGGUUAUCUACACUUUUGACACAACUUUGUUGAUAUAUUCAGAAAUGUUUUUCUGACUGUUCUUGCUUCAUUUUUUGUUUGUAAUUCUAUGUAAUUGUUGCAUGCCAAACGCGUGUGUGUGUGUGUGUGUGUGUGUGUGUGUGUGUGUAUUCAACCGUGUUGAUAGUUUAAAGAUGAAAAUGAAUAAAAACUAUGUCACCAAAAAAAUAAUAAUGGUAAUAUGGUUGAAAUAAAGGUCAGUUGAGAAUGGACCUUUAGAUAAGGUAAGCGUAAAGGACCCCUGACAGUUAAGUCCAGUUGCGAACGACUCUGGGGUUGCGGCGCUCAUCUCGCUUUACUGGCCGAGGGAGCCGACGUUUGUCCGCAGACAGUUUUUCCGGGUCAUGUGGCCAGCAUGACUAAGCCGCUUCUGGUGAAACCAGAGCAGCUUAUGGAAACGCCGUUUACCUUCCCGUCGGAGCGGUACUUGCACUUUGAUGUGCUUUCAAACUGCUAGGUUGGCACGAGCUGAGACCGAGCAACAGGAGCUCACCCUGUUGCGGAAGUUCGAACCGCCGGCCUUUCGAUCAGCAAGCCCAAGAGGCUCAGUGGUUUAGACCACAGCGCCACCCACGCCCUGCGUUUAGAUAAGAGGUGGUUACUAUUCAGGAGCUAGAGAGCCCAGUUAAUCUGGUCAAUAUUUUGAGCAUAGCUAUUUGUAUUGUUUCCUAGUUGACCUCCAUGCUGUUUCCUGAACCCUGAUUUGUCCAGCAAAGCAUUGUAAAGGGGAGCAGCCUGUGCAGUUAGCUGCAGAGGUACCCAAAUCCCCCUACAACUUAGCUGGGAGUCUCUUGUAGCAAAAACAAUCAAAAAGUCUAAUGGCACCCCUUAAAAACUAGCCUAUUUAUUAUAGCAUAAGCUUUCAUGGACUCAAGCCUGCAUCUGAUGAAGUGGGAUUGAGUCCAUGGAACCUUAUGCCAAAAACAAUUUGUUAGUCUUCAAGGUUCUACAAGACUCUUCAAUUGUUAGAAAUAGUGAUAAACAAUAGCCUGAGUAUAUGCCUGCUUUUCUCCCUAUGCAUUUCCAGUCUUCUCUUCCUAGUGUGUUUUAAGGCCCACUACCUAGCACUUAUUUCUUGCUUGCUGAAUAAAUGUGUUGUUUCAAAAGUCAUGAAACUUCUUAACCUCUCAAUGCUCUGUUCUUUCCUCUCUAAAAGAAGUUGGUUAUGGAAACUGUAACAUGAGACAUAAGCCGAGUAGGGAGCCAGAGAUUUGCCUCUGAAGAACAGUCUUUACUAAAGGAGUGGGAGCCAAACUCUUUGUAAACAGCACAAAGCAGGCAGUCCAAAAUAUUUAAUUUGGCUCUAGAGGGAUCAGGGAGAAAUUGCUGAUACGUUUUGCCACAAAUGUACAUUAGCUUCAUCAGUUGCUCUGACUUUUUAGUAUUAUUUUUUCAAAAGCUUUAUUGUGAUCUGAGCUUCUUUUUCCACUGUGUGUGUGAGAGAGAAGGGAGGGCGGGGAUUAGUUGUUAUUUUAAUGGAUGUUUAUUAAAAGAGGAUUGGAAAAAUAAUCUAAAACUUUCGGCACUCCCUUUUCAUGAAGACUUAAACAUGAAAUUAUCUAAAGCUGAACUAAGAAAGAUCAUUGUGCACUCAGAAGUCUGCAUGACCAUGUUGAAAUAGCUAAAUAAAUAAGUAAAUCUGAAAGUUUUGGCCAGGAUAGUUUUUUGGCUCUGAAUAGCAGUGACUUGUCUGACAAAUCUGUGUGUUGCCAGAUGUGCACAAACAUGCCCACUACCCUACCUAAUUGUGCUUGCACUUUUUGUUUAUCAGGGUGUUCAAUACACGAACAACUUUUGAGUGGCCUUUCUGUGGCAGUAAUAAUAUAAAUCGGAGCUUUUCAACCUUUUUGAGUCUACGGCUCCCUUGACAAUCUACAUUCUUUCUGUGGCAUCCCUGUGGGGCUCAGGAGCCCAGUUAUGUCACCCCUUGCCUGCAGAGCUGGCAGCCCCUCACCCUUUUUCGAACACCCUCUUUUGUGGAGUGCUCCUUCAGCCUCCUCCCCUCUCCUUGGGAGUCCUUUGGGCAGCCGCAGCUGCCGCCCCUGGUCUCUGAGCUGCCCCCCUUACCCCAAAGAGAGGUGUCUCCUCACAGGGCUCCACAGGGGCCUGGGAAGCACCCACUGGCCAGCCCCAGAGGCACCAUUCGUCUGGAGAGCUUGUAGCCAGCGCUGCUGCAACAAACAGCCAUGCAAGCCUUGGGGAGGCAGAGACUCAAGAGGGCAUCAGAGGAGGGAGGGAAGGAAAGAAAGAGGGACAGAGGCCAGUGUUUAUUGCAGCACCCCUGACCACCAUUCAGGCACCCCAAGGUGCCACGGCAUACUGCCUGAAAACCAAUGAUAUAAAUAAAUGUGCUUGUCUGCAAACCACUACAAACUAAAAUGGUUAUCUAAAGCACAAAAAAGUUCAAGAAGAACCAUGCUGUCUUGUUUCCACUCCUGUGGGGCUUACUUAAAAUGUGUGCCCAAAAUGGCUAAAAAUCAGAACUGUACUAAAUGGAACAGAGGACUGUGGGUUGCAGCAGCAUUACUAUUGGCCCAAAAGCAUUUGGUGAAAGAAAGCUUAUGCUGAUUGGGCAAAAGAAAAAAAAAGGUGUGUGUCUGUGUGUGUGUGUGUAGAGAAUGGAGGCAAGGAAAUGAAACUUAGUUUGUGUCUGUGUACACUGGUGUCAUCUUUUCCUGGCCUUCUCCUCAGGCGUGUUGCCUGUGAUGCAACAGGCACACACAUGUUCCAAAGAAUGACAACUGGCUCAUUAGAGCAGUCUGAUAUCUAAUCCCAAGUGCAUUUCUCUGCUGUUUGUGUUCCUGGAAUUCUGAGUAAGCAGAUUUGAGGAAGUGGAAAUGAAGGAGGUAGUAAAAACACACUUUAAAGGCGGGUUGGGAGAAAGCUACUUUUAUGCAUGAGUUAGCUUGCCUUGUUGGUAGCAGAUUCAUUGUAAUUGGGCAGUUGCAUAACAACAAAACAUAUUUAGGUGAAAUGUGACUAGCCUCCCCCCGCCCCUGUGAAAAUAGUUAGGUUUUUGUGCCAUCUGAAAUAAUACUGUUCUUUUUGGACACAUAUCUAUAAACAGUUACUUGCCCCCCCCCCCAAUCGUGGUUAAAUUUAUAUUUGGAAAAAUCUUUUUAUAUAAGAAUGCUAAUUAUACUCCCAGUUACCAUUGGAAGCAUGGAAACAUGUCAAAGAUGGUCAACCCUCAGUUGACUGCAUUCAGAAUUGAUCCUGUCUCCUGUAGUCCCCGUCCUUGUGUAGCCCUCUAGUUUUAGCUGACUCCCCUGACAAUUUUUGUCCUUAUGCCAAAGCAGCUGGAACCUGUAUUGUUUGACAGCAGACCAACAUGAUAUGGCGGAGGGCCGAAGAGCCACUUUAGACAUGCCCCUCUUGCAGACUUUCCGGUGAGGUUGUUUGUGGCCUUUAAACAGCAGACCCUCCCAUGCCAUACUACAAAUUUGUAUUACAAGAUGCUCCUGUUUCAAAAACAGUUCAUUAUAUGCCAUGGGAACCUGCUGUUGGUGGAGCACUCAAGCCAAACGCCUGUUGGGUAUGUUGAACUAUGCAGUUCAACAUAGAUGCUAGCCCAUGCCUCCAAUGAUUGGAGCUAUUCUUUGUGAAGAACAAAUCAUCUGAUACUCCUUUUGUGUGGCCUCAUGUUUUGGUGCUUGCUUUUCCAGUCACUUGUAACCUUGAGUAUUGCAAUAGCAUGUUGUCUAAAUUCCUCGUUCUGUUUUGUCUCAGUCACAUUGAUCAGACAACAACAUGGCAGGAUCCAAGGAAGGCCCUCCUUUCUCAGAUGAAUGUUACAGCUCCCACAAGUCCUCCGGUGCAACAGAGCAUCAUGAAUUCAGCAACUGGUAAGGAGAAAUCAACAAAAAUCUUCAAUGAAGUUGCGUCAAGCAGUUUAGUAUUUCACAGUGAAAAGUUAUGCAUUGCUGAAGUGCAGUCUGUCAUUACUACAUAUGCUUCAAUUCCUAAAUAGUUUAUGUCCCAUAUAAUUGCUAUAUACUGGUGCUUCCACCGAGGAGGUAGAACACCCAAUUAAAAAUAAUACAGAUUUGUAUAAUUAACAAGGGACCCACUGUACUUCCAAGAUAGAGAAGUGAGAUUCAACUGUUUCUUUUGAAAUAUUCAAGUCUGCUUUUAAAAAGUAUCAAAGUUCAUAUGCUGCUCUGGUUACUACAUGUUAGUCAACAUAACCCCUUCUCUUGUUUCUCUCUCUCGUCCUCUUAAAUCUUUUCUGCCUUCUUCUGCCUUCAUUUUUAUUACAAUCGUGAUGUAUUUCUCUCCUAUCUGGUGUGAUUUCAUGGUGUUUUUCCUAACAUUUGGCUCAUGCAAAACCUUUUGAAAAAGUCAACACUGCUUUGUUUGAUCCCUUUUUGGGGAAGUGGCUCAGUAUCUGCACAACCCAUUCUUGCCUAUGACAGCCGAUCUCUCAUUCAAAAAAAGCCAAUGGUCCUCCUCUACAGGCAUUACUUUAAAACAUGGCACUAAUUAAAAUGCUAGGUCUGGCUCCCUCCUGUUGCAGUUUCUGUCACUUUCCAAUUCAUGGAGGUUGACUGAAAUGGGGAACCUGCUCUAAACUCUUGAGACAUGUGCCAUGCAGCUACAGGCCCUUAACCUAUGCUAGUCCUUCAGCUGUCUGAAUGCCAGAUGGGGAACAGUUGUGGUGAUUAUACAUAGGUGCAGUGUUAAGAUGAGUUCCCUGUGCAAUGCUGAUUCUUUGUUGGAAAGACAGACCAAAGCAACUUUCCUUGCCAUUGCUUUUCUUAUUGUAUACCCACUUCUUGCUUUAUCUAAACUAGGGGUGGGAAACCAAUUGGCCUCUAGAUGUUGUUGGACUCCAGUUCCCAUCAGACCCACUGAGCAAACCAAUAGACAGAAACAAUGAGAGUUGUAGUCCAACAAUAUUUGGAGGGCCUUAAGUUCACCAUCCCUAAUCUAAACAAGCUCUCAGGGGUACUGUAGCUCUGAAUUCUGCGCUAGCUAUUAUUUUGUAUAUUAUUGAGUUACACAACUGCAUUUUAAAAACUUGAACACCUGGCUUCUCGGAUGUGAAAUUGCAUGGCUUUAAUAAAGAUUACAGAUGGAUCACAUAACAUUGGAUGGUGCCUUUUAAGAGCUCAGAUUAUGUAGGAAUUGUCACUUUCUGCAGCUUUAAUUUUUGUAGUUUACCAAAAGUAAUGAUGGUGGUUGCAACUUUUCAUGUGAUGAUUGGAGUGGGAAGUUGGGCAUGGAUGAGAGAGAAACUGGAAUUUUUUGAGGGAGGACUACUGCAAUGACUCUAUGGAUCUGUUAGAAAAGAGGAGAGGUUCACAUUUGGUACUGUGUUUGAUUGUGUUGUGGGAGGGGAGGCACACUUGCAGCCACAACAAAAGAUCAAAUUGAGAAUUGGUCAAUUACUCUAUCCACCAAAAGGUGGGGCGGGGCAAAGUUAUGAUUUUUCUUCCCUUUCAAAGCCGUCAGUUGGGAAGUGGUGAUGCUUCUAAAAGGCUGCAUGGUAGUCUUGAUUCAGUGUGUGUGUGUGUGUGUGUGUGUGUGUGUGUGUGUGUACAGUAAUGCAUAUUGCUAAUCCCUUUGGUUAAUAAUGAUAGCUACUAAGUGGUUUGCCUGGAGUGAGAUACUUAGAAGUAUCAAAGAACAUGGAAGGAGCAUGACACAUGGGUAUUGGGGUGAAUGGGAGGGGACAGAAGUCGUAACAGUGUUAAACUACCCCAGAUGUAGCUGCAACCACAACGUCAAAAUGUAGUCCACUCAUUUUGUGCAGUGUGAUUUUGCGUCUCCACUUGCAACGAGCAGAAUUUGUGGCAAAAAUGGGCAAUAUUACAGCAGCCAGUGAUACCUCCUGCACUUGCAAACUCCUGUUGGUAGAGACCCACCAUUGGGUCGUAGUCUAGUAAAAGCUGGCACAAAUAUAGCUUGUUUUCAAAUCUCGGGGCAUACUUUCUGCUUUGCCUACGGCCCUACGCUAUUUAUGCAAGGGAUUUAUGCUGCUUGAAAGUGGAACAGGAGCAAACUAUGUUUCUGCUACGUUUCUGUUUUCCUGUGCCUUCUUUUAUUACACACCUAUGCAUUUUUUGAAGAAGGUGGGAGUUUUUACAAUGUAUGCACUGUGGAAAUCCUGGUGGAGUGUCCAGGAUAAAAUACUAGAUAUGUUCGAAUUCAUCCUUAGCAAUGCAACUUAUUAAGUAAUCUUAGGCUGGCCAUUAUCUUUUAAAAAUAAAAAUAACGAGAAAUCCUGAUUGCUAAAAUACUUCCUGUCCGUGUACAUAGUGCUUUGCAGCAUGAGCUAAAAUAGGUCCUGACCCUGGUGGCUUUCAGUCCAAGAGUUGACAGCUGAAAGAGAACAGGGGGAUAUAAGAAGAGCCAGCUGAAUUAAACCAAGAGCUAAUUUAGUUCUGAAUUCUGUUCUCACAGUGUCUAACCAGAUGCCCAUGGAAAGCCAACAAGAAGUAUAUGAGUGUGAUAGCCUGCUGCAUUUCAUGAUCCCCAGAGGCUGGUGUUCAGAGGCAACCAACCAGAAGCGUAUGGGAAGCCCAGAAGCAGGACAUGACUGCAACAGCACUUUACUCACUUGCAAUUCCUAGCAGUUGGCUUUCAGAGGCAUACUGCUUCCAAUGAUGGAAGUAGUAGUACAAAGCCAUAGCAUCCUCAUCAAACUUGGUUACCUCAUUACAAACUCCUAAUUCCGAAUCCUUUUUAAAGCAAGUUAGAAAGCACUGGUCCCAGUGGAGUUCCUUGCAGAGCCCCAUUUCCUACAGCCUUCCAAUUUGAGAUGCCUGCUGGAUCCUCUCAUCCAGAUGUUUGUUGACAGUGUAGAACAUGGGGGGACGGACAGGUACUUAGAUUUUGUUGAAAUUGAGUGAAUGGAGGGUCAAGAACAGCUUCAUGGACAAUGUAGAUUUUGAAGGGAAGUAGAUGACACUAGAAAAUCUGGGAGGGAUUUCAGGGCAUAAAAGGCAGCAAUGGAUAAUAAGAGGAAAGAGAGAAGGAAACCUUCAGGCUGCUGAGGGAGGAUAAGAACUGGAGGUGCAAAGAUGGUGGGCAUGGCUGUAUCUGAGUUAUUGUGAAAUACAAUUUUUACCCCCUUCCUUUUGAGUGUUGUGGAAAGGCAGUGUAAUGUAUUACUAAUAAACUUUCCUCUUUAACAUACUCUUCAAAUCUCUCCAUAUGUGCUAUCUUGGGUGGUCCUUCCUAACUUAAGACUUCAUUCUCUCUGCUCAGUGGAUGAGCAACACUAAAAGCCUAUUAGUUAACCCUCUUCACUUUCUACUUCAUAUGCAUACAUUUACAUAAUUAAUGGGCGUAUUUGGAAUUUGCAUUGGAGAUAAGUGGAGCAUGUUGUGCUUCUGUGAUGUUUUGAUGCUGAACAUUAGCUCACUGCUCAUUAAGAUGGGACACUGAAGAAAAAUAGAACAUUGCUGUUUCCCGCCAAUAAACAAAUGCUUCUAUGAUUAACAGUCUACAUAGUUAUUUUAGUGUACAAAAUGCAUCACGGUUUCUAGUUCAUCUAUGCUCUUGUCAGUCUUGAAAGAAGUGGGUGAUCACUGUUUCCAUUCUAUAGAUAGUAACGGAGAAAGUAUCUGGCAGGGCAUCUUAUCUAGUGAGUCUAUGACUGUGGUCUACUCAGCCCAAGUCCAUCUUAGUAUGGCCCAUACUGGCCCUCACUGAGUCCAGGAGAAAAUACGGGAGCCGCUAAUAGCCUGCCUGCUACAGUGUCAUAACACUUUUUGCAACCUUCCUAAUGACUCCGCAAAUUGCCAGCCAACUCACAUUCUUUAAAAAUGAAGUGCGACAUAUGGGGAAUCAUUUAGAAAAACUAAACAAGGACACAAAGGAAGCCAAAAGUAGAUCCUAAACGCUUCUGAAAUAUUGAAUGCUCCUAAAAGGCGAUAAAGGAGAAACAAAGACAGAAAUAGUUGCUUUAUACAUACAGACUAUAAGGACUUUGGGCCCAGAGACUGGUCUCCUGCAUGUGCAUUUACCACCACCUGUGUUAAAUCUUGGGAAUAGGGCAAAUUUUGAGCAAAUAAAAAAUAGGGUGAAUUCUGGGGUAGGGUGAGAUUUUUCACUCCAGAUGCACGAAAUGAAUGUGUUACUAUAACACAGCAUCUUUCUCUGUCCCCCACACCUCCAGAGCUACUAGAGACUGAAACUAUUAGUUUCAUGUGUGCUGUGUGCUGUGUAAAUCAUUUUUGGGGGUUCUUAAUAAAAAUUGGCUAACUUUUUCAGUAGGGGCAAAGCAGAGCCUACUAUGAAUUGCUUCCUUCUGUGUUACAGGCCCGCUCCCUGAUGGAUGGGAACAAGCCAUGACCCAGGAUGGAGAAAUUUACUACAUAAACCAUAAGAACAAGACCACAUCUUGGCUAGAUCCAAGGCUUGACCCACGCUUUGGUAAAAGUUCCUCUCACUUAAGACUCUUUUUUUUUUGUUUCCCCUCCCUUAAGACACCUUUGUACUUAGGUAAAUAUAACAUAUAUUUUUUCCUUUUUACUGGCUACCUGUAGCCAAAGACUUGGCAAAGUAUUUCAGAUUAAUUUCUAAAAUUCACCCCCACCUAUCUCCGUACCUCAUGUCUCUUUAACUGUCUUGUGCCUCUGCCCACUUCUGUUAACACAUAACACUCCCAUCUCUAGGCAGUGGGAUAGAUUUCCCCCCAGUGUCCUCUUCUAAUUGACACUGCCAACCCACUAUAUUUGAGUUUUCUGCUGCCUCCUUCCCACCCCUUCCUCAGAUUCUUGUAUUGUAGGCUCCUUGAAUAAUAUGUUGCAUCUUUACAAUGUUUGACAUCCUUUACUUACGCUGACAAUUGUUAUAACAAUUCCGUAAGGUUAGCCUAAUGAUGCCCAUAGAGGGCUUAGGCUGCUUAGUUCAAGGAAACAAUUUGACCCAGAAUUAUUCUAGUUCAUGGCUUGGUCUUCAAGCUUCUAUCUACACUAGCUUUAUACACUAAAGGGAUUAGAGACAGCUGAUCUGCCUCAUGAGUCCUCUUUCCACUCAGCUUUUCAGCCUUUACUUUUCCUUGAAGUAAAUCCCCCUCAAUUUCUCAGGACUUGAUCUUCCAAGCACCUCUGAUUCAGUCCCUUAUGCUAAUCAAUGCAUGCCUUUGCUUUUCCAUGGCUGGUUUUCCACUCCUUACACAGCAACAACAUUGCGAGCACGUGACUGUCCCUUCUUCUCAGCAAGAAGGACUGUUGUGAACAUUCUGUGAUGUCACAAUGCCUCAGCCAAUGGUUGGCAUACAAGGUUAGAUUACAGGUGACAACCGCUUUAAUGCCAAGGUUCAGGAUUUUAUAGGAUCUCUGUCUUAAGAAACUCUGUCAUGGGUUUACUUGGCAGUAGAAGUACUUGCCAUAUAAUUGUCCGCAUUAAUAUGAAAUCAUCAUUAUUUUUGCUUUGCUAUGCCAGCGAGACUUGUUUUAUAACUUGCAUUGUUAUAAACCUUGCACUAUAGUUUGCUGUAAUGAUCUAUGGGAAAACCCCUCAGCAGAUACAUAAUGCAUAAAGCUUUGGAAACUUGUUUAUAGCAAAGAACUGGGUUCACUGUAGUGUUUGUUCCAAAUCUAGCAACACACAGGUGUUGUCUCUUCUUAUCUGUUGGCAUGGUUGAGAGAUCCAGGCAUGCCCUUUUACAAUGCAUGAUGGCUGAACAGCUGUGAAGGAUGCUGAAAUACUUAGUGAAUAAGGGAUUAUUCGCCAGGGGCUGGGGAGUGGAAGGGAGUGGGUGGGUAACAGGAUUGCAAACCGUGUUUGCGACCAUGCCUUUUGGCGAUCAAUUUUAUAUAGGCCAUUUAUAGAGCUGCCAUAUUUGAAAAAGUAAAAGCCAGGACACCCCAAAAGUUGUUGAUCUUUUUCUUACAAAAACAGGAUUUUUCGAUUGACCUGCCUAAGAUCCAGGGCAAAGCGCCACCUUUCAGAUAUCCCUCCUCCCCCACAUCAAUUCCUUUAGAAUUAGUCUGUGAUCCUUUUGGUUUCAUUUUCUAUCUUCCUGUAGCUUAUUGGGAAAUCAAAACUUGGAACCAGCUUCCUGAAGGAGCGGUUUCUAAUGACUUGAAAGUAAACUUUUUAGUUUCACACACAGAAAAAUCUUGUGUGUGUUUACUCGGGAGAAAGCCCUACUGUGUCCAGUGGGGUUUACUCACUAGUAAGUAUUUAGGAUUGCAGUUUUGAAAUUGGUUGGAAUUCACAUAGACAAUAUUCCCCCCCACACAAAAAAAUGCUAAAAAUGGGCAUGUUGUGUUUAAAAACAAUUGUUUUGGCCUUAAUGGAAACUUCUCCACAAAAUGUUAUAUAGGCUUUACCGCGGCUUAUUUGGGUACCUGUUUAUUAAUUUCUUUUGUUUAGUAUGGAUAUAAUAAUAUUGGAUAAGAGAAAAUAAUAUAGGCCACUAAUAUGUGAUAGACAGUUAGGGCCAGGGAAUGCUCUGAAGGCUUGUAGUAAUGCCACACUGCUAAAGCUGAGCAUGUCUCUGCCUCAUUGGUACCUAGAAGGGAUAUUGGAAUCUUAGGGAAGCUGUUGGGUAUUUCUGUAAAGAAAAGCAGGAUAUGUGAAGUUAAGAUACUCUUUAAAAAUGCAGUAACUCGGUUGGUUGGUUCAUUAUUUUAGAAUGUUAUACCUGUACAUAUGUCCUUAUAAAGAACCACACAACAGACGUGAUACUGGCAAGAAAGCAGAUACUUGUGGCUUCUGAAGUUUUGUCUUGGCCUUAGCGCAGUGAAACGAAAAUAAUGUGCAGAUCACUGAGUAGGUCAGGCUGAAGGUGUACAAAAGGCUUUGAAGCUUCACAGGGCUUUUGACCUAUCAACAGCUGUGGGCCUCUUCAGGGAGGUGCAUUAACUUCACAAGUGCACACUGCUGGAAGACUCAACAGCUCUUGUUUUUCCCGUAUUAGAUCUCACUACUCGUAUUUGUGUGUUAAUGUUUUACAGCAAAACCCUAACCAUGCCUGCGCAGUAACAAGUCCCAUUGAAUUCAGUGGGGCUUGCUCCCAGGUAAGUAGGGUUAGAAUUGCACCUUUCAGUGCUAAAUAAGCCUUCUGACUCUUCACGAUACAGUUAACUAAGGCAAAAAGUUUAACAGCCCGAUUUUGUUUGUGGAGAGGAAGAAGGCUGAGGAUUGCAAAAGAUCAGGGAGCUCAAGAGUUAGUGCCCUGCCCUGUUUGUUUGUUUGUUAGUUUCCUGUACUUCAUCUUUAGAUCUUGGGUCAGUUCAGUAUGAGAGGCAUUCUGACACCAGACUGCCAAAACACCUAGUAAAUUUGAGGUGCUAUGCAACUUAAGAAAAAGUGAUGAACCACAAGGAAAUAGUGCAAUGUGUUCUAAGGAGUUCUCUUGUUCAGAGCUCCGGCUAGGAUAAAGCAGCAACAUUGCAGUGAUGCCUAAGAACUUAGGGGAAGAGGACCAUUCAGCAGCAGGGAAGGAAGAAGAGAUGUCUUUCUCCUUUCCCACGCACCCAAAGCCUUCCUGCCCUGUUCUAGAUAGUUCAGCGCUACUGGAGGUCAAGUGCAGGAUUGCCUGGCAGCCUCAGCCUAACCGCUUUAUUGCCAGAUAGAAGAAAUGGGGAGAACAAGGAAGGGGAAAGGGUGCUAACGCCCCCUCCACUCCUGAAAUGACAUUGUACAGUAUGCGGAAAGAGUUUCACAAACAUCAUGGUAUGCAUUUUUCUGUCCACCACCCCUGCUGGAAAUCUUAAACCAUUGAAGGCUCAUGUCACAUGACCUUCAUUUCUCUCUUUAAAUAAGCUGAUACCUUUGAGAAAUCACAUAUCCAAGCAUCAAACUCUCCAGAAAUGCUAUGAUUUCACAGGGUGGCUGUAUAGGAGGAACUGUAAUCUGAUUGGUAUAACUGUACCUGUGGUUGUUUGGUGAUGGUUUGUUAAGGUGUUUAUGGAGGUGGAAUGAAGAUAGUGGUCAGAAAACCAUUUUUUGCUCCACAACUGCCAUUGGCUUGUGUCACUUGGAAGGUCUUUAUAGGCCAGUUGAAUAAUUGCAGUUACAGUUAAACUGGCUGUAUGUCUUGAAGAGUGAAUGUCAGCUAGGAAUUAGAACUAACUUGCCAAGUUUUAGGCAGCUUUGUAUGUUGCAAAAGCUUUCAGAGCUAUGCAAUUUCAAAAGCAGGGUGCUUGCUCACAUAUGCAGUAAAGCUUUCUUUGUACUGUAACAGAUUUGUUCCCCUUUUAUUAUAUUCACGAAUGACAACAUUUGUGCUUCAGGGUACUACACCAGGCAUAGGCAAACUCGGCCCUCCAGAUGUUUUGAGACUACAACUCCCAUCAUCCCUAGCUAACGGGACCAAUGGUCAGGGAUGAUGGGAGUUGUAGUUCCAAAACAUCUGGAGGGGCCGAGUUUGCCUAUGCCGGUAUUACACUCUGCAACACCCCAGAUCACUUCCCUGCAGAAAAUAAGCCUUACUAGAUACACUGAGUUAAAAGCCUGUUUUUUUUUUUAUUCAAAAGAUGAACCUGAGGCAAAAAUAAUAAAAAAAUGUCCUAAGGUCAAGCACUAAAAUAGCUAGCUCCAAAGUGGAAUAAUUUAUUGUGUGAACUGAAAAUGUAGACUAGCAUGGACACUUUCCAUACCAUGAAAAUAUUACCAGCCAUUACUUCUGGGAAGUUUGGAGCACUUAACCGUAAAUGAUCUUGUUUAGUGCCUGGAUGUGUAUAUAAAGCCAAACGGAAACUCGUAAUUUCACAAUUACUCCUCUUAAUGGAUUUAUAUCUCUAGUGGGCUUUGUAACAGAACAACUGUUAACAGUGCGCCUAUGUAGUAAAAUGUCCUGUUUAGUGGCAAGCAGAUAGGCUUUAACUGUAUUAGUAACCAAUUAAAAUUCAUAGUUGUUCAAGAAAUAGAUGAAUCAAAAGAUGGGGAACUUGAUAUGAAUUGGCCCCUUUCCCUGUGAUUUGAUUUAAAUAGCCUUGUAAUUUUAAAUUGGUCCACCCUUUGUGGCACAGCAGUGACCUGAAAUGCAGUAGAAGAGGAAUCAACUGUUAGGUUGCAAAACUUUCCUUGUCUGGUUACCUGGAAGAAAUCAUGACGAAGCAGGUAGCUGUUUAGGCACACUGAAUGGCUACUUGCCCAUCACUACACUGAGUGCCGGCAGCUCAAAUAUUUUUUGGUGAUCAUACCAAAAUGAUUUUAGAGCUGCAGCUCUUAGAACUGUGUUACUGUGAGAACCAAACCAUGUUUGGUAGGGUCGAGGCAACCUCUGCUUCUCCCAGGAAAGAGUGAUCUGCAAAGUGUCAUGUCUGGGCCAUGUGUUGAUGAUCUGAGAAGGAAAGGGUUGGGGGUUUUUUGUUUCGUUUUUUGCUCCUUUCCCCCAUACAUUGAUCUCUUUCUCUCCCCCCCACCCCACCUCUUACUUGCAAGAGUUGUUAAAGGCUAUCUGGAAUAAGGAGCUAGAGCAAAGGUCACAAGCUGGGAACAUCUCUCUCUGGAAAAACACACUCAGUCUGCUGUGAAUAGUGGUGUCUCCUCACUCCGAGCAAUGAAACUACUUGUCUUAAGCAUUCCAUCCUUUCCUAAGAUGUGAAGUGCUGCAUCAGUUAAACUCAAAAGCUUCAAUAUCCAAAAAAGAGAGGCAUACAGCUGUUUUAUUUUUUCACUGCAUAGUUUCCCUUUUUGGGCCCAGUGUGUAUGCAUAGUGCAGACAGAGUUGAGUACACGCCAGAAGAUUUUUUUUUUUAAAAAAAAAUUAUUCUGUGGUUGAACUUUUAAUCUGUUCCAGGCCUUUUCAGUUAAAGAGCUCGGCUGAAGGGGGAAGGGGAAAGAGAAGCACAAGCAUGUGGACUUCUUUGAUUGAGGGCGAUGGCAAAUGGGAGACAGCCUGCUUUUGAACAGAGAAAGGAGGCUUCCUUGAAACGUUCUAAGUUCUACGUGGUAGUGAUGGCUGUGUUUCAGUUUUCAAAUGUCUGUGCCAAGGGAAUUUGUUCUGCUCGCACCCUUCUCUCGCCUGACCUUUUCCCCUUCUGGCUCACAGUGCAUAUGAAAAUCCAAAAUUAGUGGUUUGAAUCUUAACUUUCCUUCCCACAAAUCAAACAGAAUUAAUUUUCACAGAUCAGGAUCUCCCCAUGAUAAUUCCACCCACCCAUACAAAAAUAAUAAUAAUCUCCUGCUGGUGAUUGGGAGACGCUUGGAUGAUGUGAGCUAUGGUAUGGAGUUCUGCAGAUGUAAACAUAGAAUAGAUGUCCAGUACAAAACCCGCUGAAAUGAACAACUUUGUGUUGGUUCAUCUAUUGUUCUUUCCAGUUCAGAGCAUGCAGAUGAAUUGCUUCGUAAACUGAGCACCAUGUUUAAAUUGAGGGGAAUGUGGGUUUUCCAUCUGAGGUACCAAAAUGCCCUGUUUCACACUCCUUCUCCCUUUUAAGAAAUGUGUACAGUGGUACCUCGGGUUACAGACGCUUCAGGUUACAGAUGCUUCAGGUUACAGACUCCGCUAACCCAGAAAUAGUACCUCGGGUUAAGAACUUUGCUUCAGGAUGAGAACAGAAAUCACGCAGCAGCGGCAUGGCGGCAGCAGGAGGCCCCAUUAGCUAAAGUGGUGCUUCAGGUUAAGAACAGUUUCAGGUUAAGAACGGACCUCUGGAACGAAUUAAGUUCUUAACCUGAGGUACCACUGUAUUUAGCAACUCUAGGUUAAUAGUAGUUUUUUUAAAAAAACUCAGUGAUUUAGGAGACUUCAAAAUGCUUUGUUCACAAGAAUAGAUGGACUCUCAUUGCAGCCUGCUUUCCAUUGUGAACACUGAAAACAAAGCACCAAGGAGGAGAAAUAAAUGUAAUUUCUGAGCAAAACUCAGAAAUUAACCCUCCUCCACAGGAAGCCUCUAUUACUACAUAAGAUGUAGAACUAACUAACUAACUAAAUAAAUAAAGCAACCAAGUAGCAUGUGCCCAAUUGUUCAGGCAUUUUGGAACAAAAGAAAUCAAACACACUGAGACUCGGCCACCAAGGAAUUUCCCUUCCUUGCCAACUUGUGGGAUCACGAAGUGGUCCUCAUUUCCCUGUAUUGUUCUCACUGGAAUACAAGCACUGGUAAAUUAAAUGAAGCAUCUUGUUUACACAUUCCAGCUUCUUUUUGAUUCAGCUGUUCACCCUUUCAACUGUUUAGGUGGGUAGUCUUACAUAAACCGUUCAAAUUUAGUGACCUUCUUUCUAAAUUAUUGACACAUUGGCUGGAGAAAGAUGUAACCUGUCUGGGUACUUCCUCUCCAUUUUACAGUAUAUGUGGUUUGUACAGGAAUACUCUCCAAGUAAAGUAGCAGCAGACGUGAGCCUCUUGAAGUAUAACUAGGUAGGGUGAAUGAGAGGUAACACUUGCUCAAUGCUCAAUUGCUCUCAUGUCAAUUUGAGGGCCCAGAAGGUGAGUGGAGCAAGGCCAGGCCUCUCAUUACCAGAAAAGCACAACUGCCAGUUCCUUUUGUCUUGGAUCCCAUCCUGCUCCUAUAAUGCUUGAAGGAAGGAAUCGUACUUAUGGUACAUGCACAACAUCAGUGACUAGGAUACAUGGGCAUGAGUUGAACCUGCAUGAUCAGCCUUUUGCUAUCUCAAGACAUCAUUGGAGUAGAAUCUAACCAUAGGGAAGUGGCAGGCAUGCGUGUUUGGCAGCAUGUGACUUGGGCCACGGACUCAGAACAGGAAAACACCCCUCGUCUUUCAACAGGAGCACUUCACAUUUGGAGAACUGUACCUCUGAAGUACAGUUGUACCUUGGUUGUCAAACGCCUUCGAACCCGUCCGUUUUGGCUCCUGAAUGCCGCAAACCCGGAAGUGAGUGUUUCGGUUUGCGAACGUUCUUUGGAAGCUAAUCAUCCGACACUGCUUCUCCCGCUUUCCGAUUGAGUGCAGGAAGCUCCUGCAGCCAAUUUGAAGCCGUGCCCUGGUUUUUGGAAGUCGAACAGACUUCCGGAAUGGAUUCCGUUCGACAACCAAGGUACGACUAUACUGCUGGUGGUUCAAAGGAUGCAAGAGGGAGUUGACAGUUAGAAAAUUGGUGCUUUCAAGUUCCCAAAAGUAAGCAGUAGCUCUGUGUCACACGGUAUUAAUCGUAAUCCCAGCUGGGCAGCAGUGUGUGUGUGUGUGUGUGUGUGUGUCAGUGUCAGAAUGGUGUAGCCUCUGCUGCAUCUUGGUCCUGCCACUCACAUCAGUUGGUGUGAAAAGUGAGUGAAGCAAAACCCUACUCGGCUGCACCAAAGCUAGUGGCAAUCAGGUAUGGAUUGGACUCAGUCUUGUCAAAUUAUGCCAGUGCAGCUGACUCUGGAUCCAGGGCCAGAUCAGCCCCUCCCUGCCUCCCAAAUGCCUUGUUCAGGAGCUUUUGGCUUGCAAUGGAAAUCAUUGCUUCUUCCACCAUCUUGCACCUGGAGUAGAGAUGCUAGCAUUACUCUAUGGACAAAGGUUUGGGGCUGGACAGAGGGUGACUUCCACCCAUCCAAGCUGCUUCCUACCACAGUGCAAAGGAUUGAACGGUUGCAUUGGGUCAGGCUUGCCCUCAAAAGCAAAAAUGUUGUUUAAGGUAUUGUUUAAACAUAAUGAAUGCACAAAGGCACUUGCAAACUUCAGCCCCAGAAAUACUAUACAAAAGAGUUCCCCUCCAUUUUAAUUGCUCUUGGUGCCAUGCACAGUUCAUAUGUGAAGAUGAAAACAAAGUUAAUGGAAAGUUAUAAUAUACUUGUAACACAAAAUAUAAAUUGCAGAUUUGCCAGUUGAAGUUGGUGUACUAUGCUGACACUUCAAAGUUAAACAGCUUAGUCAUAACUUCUAUUAUUCUUCCUUUGUGGAGAAUACAAGGGGACCAGUUCUUACUUGAUUUAUACAAACAGUGAGAGCCUUAUGUAAAAGAAGCAAAAAUGCCAGGGUCCUGCCUACGUUUGCUCCAUAUUUUUGAAAGGAGCAAAUGCAGCCUGCAUUAAAUGCAAGAUAUUGCUGAAUUUUGCAUUGCAGAGAAUAUUAAUAGCCUUAAAUAUGGUGAUCUUCUGACAAAGGGCGGUAUAGGAAUUGAAUAAAUAAAAUAAAAGUUUGCAUUCCCUUUGUCCCACUCUCUGUAAAGAUAACCAAUCAAUACGACCAAGAACGACACAGUCCUUGCUUUUGAGAUAGAAAGGGGUGGAGUAUUCCUAGUAUCUUGAUUCUUACUGAUUAUAGAAUAUUCUUAAAACUUCAUCCAAGUUGCAGAUGUAGAGUAGAAAAACUGAAGAGACUGUAUUCUGUCCUAAAAUGUUAACUUACUAAAGUGUGAUCGUUAAGAAAAACAAUGUAGCUAAAUGGUAUGUGUUAUAAAAUGCUGUUCCCCUCAUUCCUUGCUCCAAAUCCCUCUUUCCUCCUAAAUCCCUCUCUUUCCUCUUUGAAAUAAAGACAUUUUUGUUCCUCGUCUGCCUGUGAGGUCUUUGUUACUUGCCCCAUUUGUGGGUGUUGAGCCUCAUAGUUAAAUGCUUCCUUGAUACCCAUGAAAGUAAGGAACAGGAAGCUGGUUAAAUUCUAGCUCUAGCAGAUAAAGGAAGUCAUUUUGCCUCCCCCCCUACCCCCCUUCUCCGUCUGGGCAGACUUUAAAAAUGAGCUAAAUAUUUAAAGAUCAUUAGAUGUCUUUCUUGAACCUCCAAAGUGGAGUUGAAGGUACGUAAAAAUAUUGGCGCUCCAUAUGAAGGUUGCAGUGGGACACAGGUGGCGCUGUGGGUUAAACCACAGAGCCUAGGGCUUGCCAAUCAGAAGGUCGGUGGUUCGAAUCCCCGCGACAGGGUGAGCUCCCAUUAUUCGGUCCCUGCUCCUGCCAGCCUUGCAGUUCGAAAGCACGCAGUGCAUGUAGCUAAAUAGGUACCACUCUGGAGGAAAAGUAAAUGGCGUUUCUGUGCGCUGCUCUGGUUCUUCAGAAGCGGCUUAGUCAUGCUGGCCACAUGACCAGCUGUAUGCUGGCUCCCUUGACCAGUAAAGCGAGAUGAGCGCCACAACCCCAGAGUCGUCCGCGACUGGACCUAACGGUGAGGGGUCCCUUUACCUUUGUGAAGGUUGCACAGCUAAGCUUUUAUUUGUAUGGGCUUUGCUGUGCAACAUCUCUUUCUUUGAUUGGUCAUAGAUUAUCCCCCUGCCCCAAUAAGAAGUUUUGCUUGCCAAGUUUAGGAUGUUUAAUAGCACAAACAAAUGUGUUUUCCAAAGCUGGACCCAUGGUUAGCUAUUUAAUAGCCCUGGCUACCUGUAUAAUAGCCCAUAACACAAUGAAGACAUUCUUAAUUUUUCUUGAUGUGCUCCAUUUGCAGACUGAACCCUGGUAGAUUUCAGAUAAGCCUGGAUAUAUUUGUUCAGGAUGUUUUGUUUUCUUUUUUUAAGCAACGUGUUUCUUCUGCACCGCAAAGAUGUUGGGGGCAUUGCCUUUUUUCAUAAAAUCAUGGCAGCCCGCUCCUUCUAUUUUAUGAAUUACAGUGGCAGGGCCAAGAAGUAUCCGUGUGCCUCCAGCCCCCCACUCUCACCCUGUUGCUUUUUAUUUUGCCUCUUGUAGGAGAUGUUCCUGGAGGAAUUGCACUCUUAAAUGCUAAUCAUUUGAGCGUCUUGGAACUGGCUGAGAAUAUGUUCAAGGAAUUGAAAGUGUUUGGUUAUUUUUUGCCACAUGCCUAUAAAUAGCCUGGGUUUGAUCUACAGCCCAGUGGAGCUGGCCGAUGGCUGUCUAUUUACAACCGAAAUGGAAACUGGCACAAUUUCUACAUGAGCCUAUAUUUAUCGUCAAAUGUAUUUUGUUUCUAUGACCUAGGAGCAGCCCAGUUGGCUAAAACGUGUAAUCGGAAUAGCAGCCUUGCUGCCCAAGUGCUUGGUUAGUUUAAACUGACUUUGAGAGCUCUUGAUGUAAACCAAAUUGUGAAGUGAGCCUCCCUAGGGAGGAACUGUCAACUUGGCGUCCUGCUUUCUGUCUUCCAGGCCGUCGCUGUUCUGAAUUCAGUUUGUUCUCCCCUUUUAUUAGACUGUUCUGGUUGAAAAUAUAUGGGAAGAUGGUUGUUCUCAGCAAUAGGGAGAGAUUUGGAUCACUAAAUACAUAAAAGACAUCAAAAUAAAACUGUCUUAUGACCAUGAUUUGAACAACUGCUUUUGAUGCACACAAGGAAAGUUGGACAUGCAUAUUGAGGGUUUUAUUUAUUUAUUAUUUUUAAAGAGCCCACUCUUUGUAUAGUAUGAGCAACUAGUUUUUAACUUCCCCCUCGUUUCAGAAUUGGCUUUUCAAGCAGUGCAGGGCCUCCUGUUGUGGAAUUCACUGUGAAGUUUGCUGGAUUAUCUAAAUCCAUGGUCUCUAUCAGCUAAGAGAAGACUUCAGUUCUGUGAUCCCUGGUUGGUAAAAGUUCUGGGUGUGGGUGCAUCCCAAAACACAACCCAAGACACAGUUGUUUUAGGAUUUGUCCUUUUCUUCAGCAUUCUGACAUUCAAAAAGCAUUUCUUUUCCUUUCUCUCUCUCUCUCUUUUUAAAAAAACACAUAUUUGUAUUUUCAAACAGGAAUUUAUUUUGUGCUGUUGUUUCCUAAGUUUUACAUUUCGUCCUUUUCCAUUUCCACUUCUGCUUGUGAUUAUAGCACACAGCAAUUGUAUACGAUUUGCCCAUGAUUUAACGCAAAAAAGAAAAGGAAAAGGUACGCAAGCAUUCUAGUUACAAUGUCUGUGUUCAGAACAGAGGCUCUCUGAGUUUAUGCAAGCGAAAGGCUGCUUUAAAUUCAGAUUAUUUCAUCUCAGAAUCAUCUUAUGUUUACCAUUUGCCACCCAUAAUUGCAAAUCUUCCUUUUAAACUUCUGACAUUAAAUGUGAUGAGAAAAUGUACUACAAUGCUCCAUUUUGUUGAACACCUUCCUUGCAGUUGGAUUUAGAGCAACCAUAAGGCUGAUAUUUUUGGGAUGAUGCCGUGAAUGGUGCUUCAGUGUUUACUAUACAUAUUUGAGAUGUGAAAGUUAAUCUAGAGUCUUAAGUGGCCUGCCAGUUCAUUCAGAGAAUUGUCAGCAUAAAUAAAAUAGAAAACAGCCAACACUUCUUCUGUAGUAGAAUAAAAUGUUUUAGUUUUUUAAACCAUGUUUAGCAUUUUAUGUGUGCUGCCCAGUGGUUAUGGGGAGGCAUAGGAAUAUAAUAAAUAUAUACUGGGUACUUGAAAAAUCUCAGUGUAUAUAAAAACCCCCACAAUAAAUGCGUACUGGAAAGUUAUGGACCGAGAUAGAUCUCCUACAAUAUUUUUAUCACCAAGAAAACCCUGGUUCUGCACUCUGAAUAAACUGCACAUAAAUUGCUUGUGCAGUUUAUAACUGGUACUCUCCCGGCAACAGCUGUUUUCAGUAGCACUGGAAUUUAGAAAAGGGUAGAAAUGACUAGAUGGGUAGAAAGCAAAAAUGAAUGAAUGAAUAGGGGGACUGCAAAUGUUGCUCUGUCAGAGCUCACCACAGAUGCUACAUGAAUGUAUUCAACCACGGGUAGCAAUGAGGGCUAGAGAUUUUAUAGAAGUAAUGAAGCAAGCCUUGUCAAGCCUAAUUGUCAGAAUCUAGUUACAGGUAGGUAGCCGUGUUGGUCUGCUGUAGUCAAAACAAAAUAAAAUAAAUCCUUCCAGUAGCGCCUUAGAGACCAACUAAGUUUGUUAUUGGUAUGAGCUUUUGUGGGCAUGCACACUUCUUCAGAACCUAAGCAGCCUCAAGUAGAAAUAAGCAACAAGCUUGAGUUGAGCCAUAUCUUUGUCUGUGGCUUCUGCCAUUUUGAAAUGAAACUUGCCACUACUUAUUUUAUACCUUUAUGCCAAAAUGAUCCAUGAAGCUUGUUACGCAAUCACAUUUUGGGCCAUGAUAAUGUACAGUGGUAUCUCGGUUUACAAACUUAAUUCGUUCCAGAAGUCCGUUCUUAAACCAAAGCGUUCUUAGACUGAGGCACGCUUUCCCUACCGAGGCCUCCCGCCUCCGGUGCCCUUCCACCGUUCGGCUUCCAUUCCUCUUCCGAGGCAAAGUUCGCUAACUGGAACACCUACUUCUGGUUUUGUGGCGUUUGUUUCCCGAAUAUUUCGUUAACAGGGCUGUUCGUAGACCCGAGGUACCACUGUACGACUUUGGAUGUCUACUUAAAUCCAUUUGGAAACGCAAAUGGAUAGCUUUCUGAACUGCGGCUUUCAAGUUGCUUUUUAAAACGCCUGCCCUAUUUCUUGCCUCCACAGCUAUGAGCCAGAGAAUCAGCCAAAGUGCUCCCGUGAAGCAGCCACCCCCAAUAGCCCCCCAAAGUCCGCCUGGUGGAGUUCUGGGGGGCAGCAACUCCAAUCAACAGCAGCAGAUGAGGCUACAGCAACUGCAGAUGGAAAAAGAGAGGUUGCGGCUGAAACACCAAGAACUGCUUCGGCAGGUGAGGCCGCAGGUUAGACAAGCGCUUCCACUCUAACAUAAAUGGCUGCUUGUGCAUGUGUGGGUGGCGCUGUGCUCAUCCACUUGUAGUUCCAGCAAGCAUCAAUAGUUUGGAGGAAGGAAGAGGUACCUUGUUUUCGCGUGGAAGGUAAGCAUUCAGACCUAUGCACUCUAAGGAAUGUUUCCUCCACUAAAUUGCCCAAGCAAAGUGACAUUGCUGCAAGCAGACAGGACCAUCACAGCUGUGAAUGUAUCUCAGGUCAAUUGCUUCUUCAGAAUACGUCUGUUGCAAGGUGGGUUCCCCCCUUCCCACCUCUCUUGCAAUGCUUCCUAGCAUUGGCGCUCUUUUCAGCACUUAAAAGACUGCCACAUGGACUGCAACCUGCUGGGAUGCUUUGCAAAAGCUAUUAAUGCUCUGCAUGGAAAAAUUGUUCCUAUCGAGUUCUCCAGCUUCACAGAGGACGGAGCCUGUAAAAUGGAAUAGGCCUUGUUGAGUUGAGGCCUCCCAUCUCCUUUGUAGUUAAAAUGCUCCCCACAGUGUCUGUAAAACCAAAGCGGUCCAUAAGGACAUAUGAACUGCAGUUGGGCUGUAGGGCUAUUUAGUCCACUGCUUUGUUUCCAUCAGCAACCAACCAAGUUCUUCUGAAAGUUCGCAGGCAAGGCAUGAAGAUAUUGGCCUUGUUAACAGUCCCUAGCAUCCUUGUUUUUGGAGGUAUAGUGCCUCUGUACAUGGAGGUUUCCUUUAGCUCUCGUAGCUUAUAGCCAUUGAUAGACACGUCUUCAGAGUUUGCCCCACCUUUUUGUAAAAAAAGAAGUCAUCUAUACCUGUUUCCAUCAUCACAUCUUGUAGUGGUGAGUUAAGUAUGAGUUGCGAUUUGACAAAAUCAGAACUGUUAAUGAGAACUCCAGGUUAUGAACUCUGUUACUGGAUUCAUGAUUUGGGCAUCAUGGAUUUACUUCACAAUACCCAUCUAAGAGCAACCACUUUAUCCCCCCCACCCCUAGUAAAUGUGAAAUUUGUCACUAGCAUUUUGCUAAACCUUGGCAUUGGAUAAAGAUUCUUGAUGUGAGUGUUCUAAUGGUACACACGCAUCCUAUUAUGUACAGCUUCGCUGUGAUUUACGAGACAGAAGGGUGGGCUGGGAGAAUUCAUCCACAUUAGGCAACGUGUAUGUUGCAAGCUAUUCUCAAGAGCCUAGCUUUCUUAAAAGCAAACUGGAUUAAGUGAGUGUUUUCACUUCAGUUUUAAUUAGUUUUUAAAAGCUCUUAAUGGUUUUUCCAAUGUGGUUGUAGGCUGAUUGCUGCUUUUGCUUUUCUUUUUUUAAAAAUAACCCUGGAGGCAUGAACCCCAAAGAGACAAUUAAGCUUACCUUCUAGAACUGUCGCUCUCAAUCAGCGCUUCCUGUCCUAGAUCUUUUGCUAAUUAUUGAUUAGCUCCUUGUCUCAAAUGUCUGGCAUCACCUUUUGUGAAGGUUAUGGGGCAUCACAGACAUCCUAACCUCUUUAAACUUCUUUUCCCCUUUGGGUGAUGGGUCCUGCAUCAUGAAAUAUUUUCAUGCUCUUGGGAGAUCACUUCCUCAGGCUUUUGACUUCAUCGCCUCUUGCUUUAACUGCCCUUAUUCUGGAGUCUAACUCUCGCACUACAUUCUGUACCGAAGGAAUAUUUGCAGGCACAACUACUUUGUGUAAACUGGAUUAUUGCAGAAUGUGUGUCACUUCCUUAAAAACAAAACUGAUGAUGACUUUUCUCUGGACAAGUUAAAAAGAAGGGUCUUUUCAGCUGAAAUAGUCUAAGCUUUUCCUAUAACUGCUUUGCUAUUAAUCCUCAAACAAAUUCAUAUGCCGCCGUGCCAGCAUGCUUUUAGAUAAGGCUUCUAAUUUUGGAUUUCUUCUUCGGUAACUUCCUCUUGAGAAGUUGACUAACUUCAGGCCAGACCAUGUUCUCUACCUUGAUGUCCCCUAUCUGUUAAAUGACAUGUGUUCGUGUGCUCUGUAAGCACCCCUAAGCGUCUUGUUCCAUUAUGCAGCAGCUUUUGUCAGCUCUUAACUCCCUUACCCUUUUGUCAUCUUUGGCUGUCUCAGGAACUUGCCUCGUCAGAAUGCUAAGAGAGUGAUGUGUUUGUCAAAUCAGCCUAGCUAUCCCAACCACGCUCAGCAGAAAAGAAAAGAAAAAAAGAGUAAUGCUUACCCAUCUUAUUUCUUUUACUCUUAGGCAUUGCGGAAUAUCAAUCCCAGCACAGCAAAUUCUCCAAAACGUCAGGUAGGCUCCUAACAAAUGUUUCAGCAAGAUAAGAAACAUUUUUUAACUUAGAUCAGCUGUACAAGGUGCUUGGGCUAUAUGAAGCUGUUUGUAUUUUAUGAACCACAGCCUGCCAGUAACCUCAGCAUGCCUGAAAAAGGAGCUCUAGUUGGCUUAAUAAAAUACACCGUCUUGCUUGCUCUGUGUUUUUCUCAAUCAUGAUGCUGUGAUUCCCAGAUAGCAUUUCUCACUGCCAGGAAUAAUGCUGAAGACAAAGCUGUAUUGCUGUAAAGUUCUCUCUUGGGUACUUGAGACCUCAACACUCCUAAAAUGUUCCAGUAGGAAGAAGAGACAAGAUUUCUGUUCCAACUUCAAGAGUCUAUGUUGCAUCAGCACUAUUCAAUAUGACUCCCAGUCAGUCUUGCAAAUCUUCCUCCUCUAACAGUGUUCUAGCUCCUUUCACCUCAACAUUGACACACAGCCAUAAAACUUCAGUUAUCGAGUAAGCUGAACUAAAUAUCAAGAUUGGUAGGUGCUUUUAUAUUAACAGCCUUUCCUCUCAUUUUUUAGAUUUGCUAUACAAAUCUGAUAUCUCUCAAAAAUCCUUUCUGGCAGCUGAGAUGCCUCAUAAUUUAGCUGUUCAGUGACAAGGGUAUAACAUCAGCUUGAUUCAGGCCUGGAUUCUUUUACCUUCUUGCGGUGGCCGCAGAGCCUUGAGUAAAACUAUUUUCUUAUAGGCUACAGCAGGAGCGAGGCGACACAACAUCGUGCAAGCUGAACUUCUUGAAAACUUUGUUCUGUUCAUCAUAGAAGUGCCCUCGUUCUAAGGAGCUCAGGAUGACAUAGAUGUGGUUGUCCCUUAAACAAAAAAUUCUCAGAAAUAUGGAGCUUGAGAGUUAGUGGCUUCACCAACGUCAUUUGCUUUGCUUCAUAGUUGAGCUGGGUUUUAAACUCUGAUCUCCUUGGCCCAGGCCAACAUUCCAUCUGCUACAGCACAGUGGUUUUGUCUUCAUGAUCUUGUAUGUGUCAUCACAUGGCAUUCCAACUCAGUUUGGCUUGCUGCUUCAACCCAGUAGUUUGUUUUUAUCUCAUCAGUUUAUGGGCUUUGCUCUGCCGUCAGGCAAUGAAGUUUUGUUUUUCUGUGUGCAGAACAACAUGCUCAACCUCAGUGCUAUGCUUUACUCGCCCCAUGCUGUUUUUAAUAAUCCGAUUCUAGUAAAUAGUAGAAUCUGGCUCAAUAAAUUCAUCUGGUAGCUCUGGAGAAUCUACCAAGGCCUUUAUUUCUUGGAAGUUGUUACCACCAGAGCUUGUACACUCAGAGCUGCCUUCUAUCAGAAACUCAUGACUGACUGUUAUUCAUUUGCUUUGUCAGGGCAAGCUGUUGGAUUUGGCCAAUUUAAACUUCCCAUGGCAGGCUCUUGUAAAGCUUAGGAGCAUCACUAAGCAAAGUGCACGGUACUUUCUUCCUUCUUUCACUGUGAGAAUUGGAACACAUUUCUGUUUCACAUAAAAACAUAGCAAUGCUGAUACCCUUUAUCAACUUUUUUUGCUUUUAUUAGAAUCAGCCUGAUAUUUCUGUUAGUUUUAGAGCUAUGUUUUGCUCAGCACUGCUUCUGUUUGUGACUCCAAUUCUUAGUGGUGCUGACUCCAAUUUCUACAUUUUAGUGAGAUCCUGUUGAUUUCGCAUUUUGUGUUUUAAAAAGAUUUUGGUCUAACAUUUUCAGAGCCACUUGGAGAUCUAAAACGCAGGUUCCACUCCUGUUGGAAUUCACAUAUUAAGCUAUUUAGCACAAGAUCCACUAUGCAAUAAUGGCCAUGAUAGAAUCAUAGAAUUGAUAGGUUAUCUCUCUGUGUGCUGUAAGCAGGUAGCAGGAGAUAGAGAUAUGUGUAGAAUCCUGCUAAGUUCUUGAUAAGAUUGUGAACAAGGUGAUAUAGAAGAAAGGAAGAUCACAACAUCCAAAAUUGUCUCAUCUGAGAAGAAAUACUUCCUAGCUCCGUAAAGUGAUUGAUUAAAUCGUGAUUGGAAAAGGAAAUUUGAUCCACGUGAGUUCUUUCUCCUGUAAAGUAUUCCUUUUUAACAGAACUCUUAAUAUCAAAUAUACCUUUCAUAUUUGCAGUUGUCUUUAAAGCUGCAAGACAUGAAACAUUGAUCCCAGUAGGCUGUGUGUUCCAUAUAUUGGUCCUAGCUAAUGAAACUUUCAGCUUUUAUAUUUAAAGGUGUGCUUGAAAUCGCUUGAGAGAACCUUUUGAUAAACUCCUCUGUUCGGUGUAACAGACAAGUGACAGAAACCAAAGCACAACAACACUGUGUUGUCUGCUGUGUUCUGUCCUUGCCACCUCCAUUCUCAUUUCUGUACCUUUUAGUGGCUCUGUAAUUUCUUCCAUCUUCUCAAGUUUGGCUUCAUGAGCAAAUUGCUUGCCUUCGAAUACAUUUGUCAGGCCUUUCAACUCCUGCGGUUUGCACAUUUUGGCAUCCUUUUCAGAAUGUGUGUGAGAAUCAAAGCUGUUGGAUCCAAGCUUUACCAUAAACCCAAGAUUUAUUUAUUUUUUAACUUAACUGCUUAUAUUAUAUUUUCCUUGGAAAGGUAGGAAUUCUGCCGUGUGCUUUAUUCAAACUGCCACAAAGUCAAGCCAUCCUCUUCUACUAUGUCAACACAACAAAUCUAGUUCUCACGUCACAGGAUAGCCUGCAUCAUCUGCCUAUGGGAAAGGGAGGAAGCAGAUUGCAUGGGGGAAAAAUAGGCCAGAGGUUCUGAAAUCUCGAACCCUGGGCCACCAGUGAUCCAUGAGCUUCAUUCAGGUGUCUGCGAAUUUGAAGACAGGAAAUGGCACAUCCAUAUGAUUUUGAUAGCAUUUUCACUGUUAUUGUAUUAUAUCUUGAAAUCUCUGGAAUACAAUAAAAUGCUAUACAUGUAGCAAUAAAAUUAAAAAUCACAGCAUCUACAUUACAAUUUCUACAGCAGGCAGAAAAAUCAUUAAGUGUUUAGCAGUUUGCAAGUGGUCCACGGAGGGGUGUGUGUGCACAAACCACUGACUUAGUUUAUCUAAACCCCCCCAUACAUAACUGGUGCAAUGUGGGAACAAGUCUCAGGAGAUAUUAUUGGCUUAUUGGCUGGGCAUAAGUAAUCUCUGACUUGAGGGGGGCACCACAAUGACUACCCCUCAAGUUAAUCUUACACAAAUGAUUACCCAUUUUAAUGAGUUAGUCAUGAUUUUCCCUACCCAGCUUCAUGUGUCGGGAGCCAAAGUGAUCCAAUCCCUUCUCCCUCUUAGUGCUCAUUAUAUCUUCUUACCUGGAUCAACAGGAAAGUAAUACUGCCGUAAGUACUUGGUCCUUGUAUGACCCAUUCUGGCUAAUCAAAGAAAGUUGUUUCAAAGAACGCAGAGGAAACCCACAAGCAGCAUACAGAGGUUUCGGCAAGUUAUGAGUUCCAGCAAAUAUUUUCCCUAAAGAAGUCUUAAGGAAGCAUGUUGACAGGGUUUGUUUGUUUAAAAAAACAUUUUAAGGUUAGACAACUCUGUUAAAACAACUGUUCAUCCAUUCUACUGGUCAUAUGGGUCAAGAAGUAACUGUUUGAAACUGUAGGGGGAUAGAUUUUGUAAAGGUUCAAACAGAAACUGGGUGGGGGCAGCGACAGAAUUAAUUGCCCAGGUAAGUUGUAGGAAGCACCUUUCCUUGAAAGUUUUAAAGAAAAAACAGGCUGAGCUGGCAGGUGUCCGCUGAAUGCUUAGGUAAGUAAGAUAUCCUACCUUAGGGCAAGCAGAUGAGCAAAAUAACCCAAUGCUGAUUCUUUAAAACGUUGAAACAGAGCACCGCCUCUCUCUUUUCCUUUACGUUUCUGCAGCAGCCUGUUUUGAUGGUGCCUGUCCUUGCCUAGUGUUAUAAAAUCAGUGAUUCACUUCCCCUCCCACGUUAAUGUAUGCCAUUAAUUUGCAGAAAUAAAAUGUUUUCCGUUUUUAAGCUAUUGGGCUCGUGCACAUUGACCUCAAAUGAAUGGAAAUGGGCUGGUGUAGGCUUGGCACACAUUUACUCUGAGGGCUGCCACAGCUGGAAGAGUGAAGUCAAGUUUUGCACCCCAGUAAAAAUACCCGCCUGGGAUAGAAUCUGGGUUGCAGCACACAGAAUCAAAUCUUAAAGUGGAAGUCAUCAUGUAGAGUGGUGGUUGUUUUUACAGUGAAAGUAAACUCACUCCUUGCCACACUCUGUGAAGGAGGGGGGGAUUUCCCCCCCCCCCCAGACAUCAGUUUGGUUAGUGACCUGAAGAUUUUGUGCUCUACUUGCAGUUGCUUGGCCUGCUUACCUUAGUAGCUCUUAAGUUAUCUCCACUACAAGCCUCACCCCCCCCCCUUUCUUUUUACAGCCUACCGUAUUAAAAUGCUUGUAACAUGCAAUGGAUUGAGAGGAAUCCAAAUGUAUUAGCUGCGGACCAUUAUGCAUUCUGCUAAUCUAUGCUAGUCUGUCCUGGAUUGUACGUCAUCAGUGGGAUUGCAUUUUAGUCCGUGUUUUGUCAGUCUAUACAAGCAAGGUGAUGCAGCGAUCAGGAUCUAAGCAGGGCUUACUAUCACAUUUGCAUGCUGCCUUGCUUGCAGCCUUUUGUGCUUGCUACUGAGCCUUGAAACAAAAUGGCUAAAAUGUGCCCUUAAGAGGGCGGUCCUUUUGGAUAUAUCAGUUGUGUUAAAUUCACACCGCUUUUAAGAAAGUGUAUGGUCUAAAAUAUGUUUAUUGCUGGAGAUGCAGAUCAGCAACAGACUAUCUGAUCCUUUUUUCGUAUCUUGGUAUGUACUCCCAAGAAUAAACAAGUUGGCCAGUUUGGAUGUAAUGGGCAAUUCGGCGGCAGCUCAUUUAAAGCUGUAAAAUACGAUAUCCUACCUGCAGUCUAUAAAGUAGUACAAUCCGGGAAGGACUCCACCACAUUGAUUUGCAUAAUAUGUAGCUUAGCUCUUGGACUAAAGGACAUUGACGCCAUCGCCUGCCCUAUAAUAAUGUGCUUCAAAUGAAAGGUGACAGCCGUUCUGGGAUGAAUUCAAAGGCCCGUCUAGCUAUGCAUUCUGUUCCUACUGUGGCAAUUUGGGUGCCUGUGGGAAGCCCACAAGAAGGACAUAAGUGCAAUAGUAGUAUUUUGGUCACGUUCCCCACCAACUGCCUCUUAUAGCAAAAUCAUCAUAACACACUGCCACUCAUAAUCUAAUGUGCUGUGUGAAAAAGUAAUUCCCUUUUGUCUGUCCUGUUGCCAAGUAGCUGAUGCUUUUAACCAAGGUUAGUUGAAAUGAGGAAUUUGCAUUUGUAAAAACCAGUAUGGGUCGACAUCUAUCUUAAAAGUAUUUGGACUUCUUUCUGACAACCUUUUUAUUGAAAUGCUGUUAGCUUGCCUGCAUCUGGCUGUGGGCCUGGCAGACUAGGCAAAUUUUACUUGUUACUAAAACCAUGGACCUGGAGCGAAUGCGCCAAAGCCCAGACCUGAAGUCUAUCCAUAUUCCACCCAAUGUGUUUGCAUAUAUUGCGUGUGGUGUUGUGAAUAGUGAGGUUGUGUGUUCACUCAGGACUUCAGUUCAAAACUGAGCCCUUCUGUGUUCAGUUUCCUGGCGAAAUAAUAAUAAUAAAGCUUUAAUAAGUGUGUGAGUGAGUGAUUAUGAGUCAGAUGUCAUGGUGUUCCAUCUUCUCCCAAUGUGGCUCAAAGCCUUUGCCAGACCUCAGAAGCACAUACUAUUCAUUCCGGGUUGCUGAGCAGUUUUUAGGCUGUUCAGAACUGAUGAAGGAGUUGCUUGAUGCCAUCUAACACUAAGAAGUUAUUUUCUGGAGAGAGAGAGAGAGAGAAAUGGCUACGUACAGGUAGUGCUUCAGAAAAAUAAACAAGGCUCUCUUCUCUCUUUUUCCCCCAGGGAGAAAGUGAGUCCUAUGUAGCUAGCUUCAAAGCAGGAUGUUGACUGACACAAGCAUGUAUAGAUUGUGAAAUGGGCAGAAGUUAACUACGGCCUGUUUCAUGUGAAUGGUCCAUUCAUGUGAAUAGUAUAGCUACAGAAAGACUCCUGGUAGAUUGUUAUUCCUCCUCCUGUGACUGGAAAAACACACAGAGCAGAUCACUUGUGUGAGCAAUUAUUUGCAGGCAAUGUAUUUUCUAACUGCUCAAGAGAAGCUGCACUGUUUCAUGAAUCCCCUCCUGCCAUGUUAGUCCACUCACAUAAGCAGCUAUUUUCAUGGGUAAGCAAGCUUCAUAUUGUUCUCAUGUGCUGCCAAACCAUAAUUGGGUGGUAUGUGUGCAAUCUUUUGAGAAGCCUCACGCUUCCUUUGCUUGCGUGUGGUGACUCCGUGCUCCUGGCCUGGCUCGAGGCAAACCAUAGGUUGGCAUUUUUCUAAACGCUUGAAUUAUGUGUUUGUCAGGAGGGGGGGACGUGAAGGAGCACUCAAGCUCCUCAAAGCAUAAACAUAGUUUGGUGCUAUGACUAAAUCGAGAUUCUGCACCAGCUCCGGGUUUGGUUAGCUUUCACUGGAAAAGCAAAUCCACCUUAAUUGUUGUAGCUAUUGUGGCUAUUGCCACUUUAAUUUUUCACAUAUAUGUGUUUUACAUUGAUUCUCUUGUGAUGGAAAACAGGAAACAUGCCAGUAACAAAUUACAAUGGAACAAUGGAACAGGUAAGGUGUGUGAUAACAGAGUAAAUUAAAACAGAGGAAACGUGUCUAGGGUUUUGAAUACAUGUGGUGUGAUGAAAUCAAGAGAGCUUAGCAACUGAUACUGUUGUGGGAUUCUUUAUCUUUUGCCAUGUUCUUUUAUUUUUCUGUGCAUAAGUUAUGUUCAGUCCCUCGUGUUUAAAUCUGAAACACUUGAUUUAUUAAAAAUAAUUUCAAAAGCCAGGAGCACUUUUUUUUGUUUGAAUGAAAAAUUGGGCUUCAAGGGAGCAGCUGUGUGUUUAAGUGGAAAUUUAGCUUCAAGUAUACUCUGCACCUGUGAAGUAUUUGCACCGUGACACCGAAGUGGGUCGCACUCUUUGUUUCAGGAGGAAGUCUUAGGACUUCGCAACAGAUUGUAGUUUUGCAAGAAGUUGUUAGCAUUCUGUCUGCAUGGAUGAAGAUGCAGAGAAAGGCAACAUUGGCAAAAUGCCUGUGGCUGACGUGUGCUAAACUACCUGGCAUGAGCAGUGUGUAAACAUGGAAGCUGCAAACUGGCUUGUGAGGUCAGAGCUUCUUUCAAAUGAAAAGUGCUUUUACUGGCCAUGUGAGUAAACUAUUGGUAUGAGCAGUUUUUUUAGCACUAGCCAAUCACUGGCUUGUUGUCUUAAGACUUGGGAACUAGCCCAGUGAUGCUGGAAAAAGGAUGUGGCUGAACAUGAUCCUGUAGAAUCCAGGCCACAUUUCUUGAACCUCAGUCCUUCUCUGAAAUAAUCUGCUAGUGUUCAAAUGCAGACAAACCCUGAAACUCUGUUCAGCUGUUUUCAGGGCAAAUAGGCCACCAGUAUGAGAGAGGGGCCACUGCUUAGAACAGGCACCCCAAAACUCGGCCCUCCAGAUGUUUUUGGGACUACAGUUCCCAUCAUCCCUGACCACUGGUCCUGUUAGCUAGGGAUGAUGGGAGUUGUAGUCCCAAAACAUCUGGAGGGCCGAGUUUUGGGAUGCCUGGCUUAGAAAAAAAAAGUAUUAAAAAGAUUUAGGGCCAUUAGUGGGAUGGAUUUAUUUUGGAUCAAAUUUAAAUAAUCCAAUUCUAUGGGAAAUGAGAGUCUUCUGCAGUUCUGCUGAAAGUAAUUUGGAAGAUUCCAUUCAUUUUUGGCAACUGUAUUCCUUGCGGCAUUCAGACACAUAAAAAGUAAAAUAAAGUUUGAUACAUACCUACAGUUGGCUUAUUUAUAGAAUUGGUUAGCGUUCUGUAUGCCGUGAUAGAGAAGAGAAGACUCUCUGGAAAAGACCCUGAUGUUGGGAAAGAUUGAGGGCACAAGGAGAAGGGGACGACAGAGGACAAGAUGGUUAGGCAGCGUUCUCGAAGCUACAAACAUGAGUCUGACCAAACUGCAGAAGGCAGUGGAAGAUAGGAGUGCCUGGCGUGCUCUGGUCCAUGGGGUCACGAAGAGUCGGACACGACUAAACGACUAAACAACAACAACAACAACAACAUGCCGUGAUAACCACAGCUGUAAAGCAAUUCCAUAUGCAAUUGCUUUAUUCUGUUGUGUGAUCUCAUGAUUCCUUUGACAAAAUAGAGCAUAAACUUCUCUAGAACACACAUUUGGCCAGUCCUUCAACCAAGGUGGAAUCUAGAUGACUUCCUGUUGAGAAGUAGGCUUUCAGCACUUUCCCCCCUCUGCAGAGGCUAUUUCUUAGGGAGGAAAAGCUCCCUUCCUUGCACACCUGUUGGAUAAUUAUUGAAUAGGGCAGAUUGAAUCUGAAUCUUGAUAAGGAAGAGGUUAUUAUGUUUUCCAUGUUCUUGAGUCUGAAAGGUUGGGUAGACUGCUUGUUCUGGAUAGGGCUGUGCUCCCCUUGAAGGAACAGGUUCCUACUAGCAUGAAGGGACUUGUAUCGUUUGAACAUUGUCACUAGUUGGGAGUGCCUGUUUUCAUCUACAGCUGGUUCACUAGCUAGGUCGUCUUUGGACAGAGGUGACUCGGCCACAGUAUUCCAUGCAAUGGCAACUUCCACAUCGGAUUAUUGCAGCACAUUCCCUUUGAGGCUGCCCAGGACAAUGACUCGGAAAUUUCAACUGAUCAAAAAUUCGAGAUUACGAGCUCGGACCCCAUUUAGAACUUGCAUAACUGUUUAGGGAAGUUUUUCAUGUCCAAUGUUUUAUUGUAUUUUUAAUAUUUUGUUGGAAGCCGCCCAGAGUGGCUGGGGAAACCCAGCCAGAUGGGCAGGGUAUGAAUAAUAAAUAUUUGUUAUUAUUAUUAUAACUUGUUUCAAAACAUCUAUAAUAAUUUGCCAGUUUGUUCCUGGGUCCAGUUCAACGUCCUCAAAUUAAUUAGUGUUGCAAGCCUAAAGACAUGGCCCCCAAAUAUUUGAAAGACCACCUCUUCCGCUGAGUUCCCUCAAAGUUGAGGGGUUGGUAGCCCAGGGAAGGGCAUUCUCUGUAGAAGCCCACAAGGAGUGGAGAUCUCUCCCCACAAAGGUAUGUCUGGCACCUUCAUUGUACAGCUUUUGUUGCAUGAUUCUAGGAUGCACGACUUGAUCCUGGUCUAUGACAACAGAGAUUUUAGGACCUCUCCUAUUCUUCUGGUUGUAAAUUGUUUUAACUGAUUUUAAACUUGCAUUUCUAUGUUGUUUUUGUAACUCGCCCUGGGACCCUAUGGUGAAGGAUAAGCAAGGGAAAUUGUUGUUGUUGAUGUUUUUAUUAAGUUUUGCGAAGACAGCUUAUUGUUAAAGCCCAUCUAAUAUCACCUGUUAUUUGUCUUGAUGGUGAGAAUUUAUAUGUUGCUAUAUGCUGAUAGAAAAAUGUUUUGCAUUUGGUUUUUGCAUCCUUGUUCCUGCAGGGAAUAUGGCAAUAGAACCAUAUAAGAGGUUCCUGCCAGCUUUUGAGAUCACUUCCUGCAAAAAUCACUAUGGGUUGUGUCCAGUGUCCCAUUGUGAAAAAUUACUAGGAAUGGAAAUGUAAGGAGCCUGCUUAAGUCCUAGAAAGUAUGUUGAUGAAUUUGCAAACAUGAGCAGUAAUUUUUAAUAUCCAGUGGUGCAAAGAUUUAAGAAUUGUGAUUCCAGAGCAUUUAUGGGAAUGAUAUAAAUUAUGUGUUCAUUGCCAUAAAUGCUUUGGAUAGAAUGUCUCAUUCACUAUGAUAGAAGUAACCGGUAAAUAUAAAAGUGUUAUAUAGAUGGUAUCUGAUGCCAUCAAAACUUAAUAGGCUACAUCAUACCACUGUUUUCUGAUGCUGGAAAUGUCAGGCUGCCCGAUGUGAUUUUUCCUCUCCACCUGUGGUGGAGCAUGUAAAAAAGCACAACCAAUAUUGGAAAACUAUUUUGGGAAUGGUUAAUCCUGGUUUUUGGCUGGGCUGUAAAUGAUUUGUCCGUUUAUAUACAACAGCACCAUUAAAGAAUCCAGAGUUACUGUAAUAGAGAACCCUUUUAGCAAAUAUUCCAGCAGCCAAAAUCUUUCAGACACAUUAUUUGGAAAUUUGACUUUGCCUACCUUCUUUCUAUGCAGAAGUGGCUAUAGAAAAACCUUUGAUUAAGUUGAGCUGGAAAAACUGAGUGAAAUUAGACACCGACAAACAGAGGAAGAUACAGUACAGUAGUUUAAUGGGAUCGCACAUAUUAAUUACUAAGAUAGGUAGUUUAAAAAAUAGCAGUUGUUAUAUAUGCAAUACAUUCCACCCUUUAAAGCAAAUAUUAAGGGGGGAGGGUUUGAAUUGGAUUUGUCAGCUACCCCAAAAACAAACAGCAAGUCAUAUUUUGAAGGCUCACUUCUUCGCUGUUGGGGUACAUUUUUUUCCAGAGUUCUAAUUUGGUUCCUGGUGUUGCUCAGAUAGGGUUUUAGCAUUGCCCAUGGCCCAAAACUUGCUUAUUUAAUGGCUGAGCUUGAGUGAAGCAUGGGGAUUUGAUCCUGUGAAGUAUUUUACUUGUGACAUUUGUGCAGAUUUUUGUAGCAUCUAUUAAUGAAUGUACAAGAAGCCAGAACUGUGGAAUGCCAGAUAAUGAAAUUUUGAGUGAAGGAAAUGUUUAGAAGGCGCUUGAUUCCUCUCCUUUUUAAAAAUCAAGCUAAGGAUUUCACAUUUAGGGACUAGCAAUGAAGUUAUGUAGACCUUCUGACUCUUGAGAGAGAGGAAAACAGACAGCUAAAUGCCUUUAAGAGACCAACUGGAUAGUUUUCAAAAAGCUAACCUCAUUUUUAGAGUAGCUUCUCUAAGGGGUUGAUGGAUUGUUUUGGCUCAUUUUUCAAUAUCCAAAAUUAGAAUUUUGUACUAACAAUGAGUCUUAAGUCUCUUUCUUUCCCAAGGGCCGUUAGAAAAGUUUGACAUAGGGGUUUUUUUUAUAAAAAAAAGCAAUGAAGAAAUAAAAAUAGUUUUCAGCCAGAUUUUUUUUCAGAUGUUACUUUUUAUACAUAGAAUAGUAUAUAUUUUUGAAACAAGGACAAAAAUCUGAACGUACCAUACAUUUCCCAGCAGUGCAAUCCUAUAUAUGUCUACUCAGAAGUAAGCCCCAUUGAGUUCAGUUACUCCCAGAAUAAUGAGUACUGCUGCCUAAGAUUCACCCCCUUCUCGAAAAUAUUAAAAACGGAGGAUAUUGUACACAUUAGGAAUUGGUGUUAGAAAAUCACAGAGCAACAUCUGAAGAGCAUCACAUUGGCUACUGCUGCUGCUCUUGAAAUUUUCCACCUUUGUUUCAAGUGGGAAUUAUUAAACCAGAACUCCAGCAAUUUUAACUUCCAGGCGCCUAUAACAUAGUAGUUCAAUGAGUAGCUAGGGCAGAGGUUCUCAAACUUACAUGGUGUAUCAAAUUUUUUUCAGAGAAAAAAUUACUCAGAGCCCCCCUGGAAAUAUCUCCUCUUUAAGGGAAAGGGUUUUGCUAGUGCCACAGCCUGCCUGCCUGCCAUUGGCUAAAUAGGCAGACAUGCACUUCCUAGAAGUGAAUAAAUCACAAUGAAUCUGUGCCUCCACUGCUAAACCGUAUUUUGUGUCGUUAGAACCUGUUGACUCCACAGUUCCAUCUCAGGAUCACCUUCCUUGCCUUCCCUUGGCAAUUUGUAUCAGAUUUACUUGGAAUAUGUAUGUGUAGCUCUGAACCAUUUUGCAAAUGCAGCUCUGAGAUGAGAUUCUAGACUAGAGGGAGGGACUGUAUUUGUACUCUUACAUAGGUAUGCCCAGAGUGGCUGGGGCAACCCAGUCAGAUGGGCGGCAUAUAAUUAAUAAAAUAAUAAUUGUUAUUGUUAUUGCAGGAUUUGCAUUAAAAUGUGUGCUGGGACAAUGUGAAACAAAGGUGAAAUGGGCACCCUUCUGGUUGUGCAUAGUGUGGAUGCGUGUUCUUGCCUGUUCUUUAGUGGUGCCGAUGGAUUUUGAACUUUGUACACAGAAUAUACUAACGCGGCUACAACUUGGUCGGCAGGAAUUGGCUCUUCGCAGUCAGCUUCCCAGCAUGGAACAGGAUGGAGUUCCGCAAAAUCCAGUGUCCUCUCCUGGAAUGUCUCAAGAACUGAGAACAAUGACCACAAAUAGUUCGGAUCCUUUUCUUAACAGGUUAGUAGCUGUAACUACAAUUGGUGGUUUUGCUUUGCAAAAAAAGAGAGAGAGAAAAGAUUCUGUUUGGUGCAUGUAAUUGUCUGUUUGGAACAUCUGCCUUUUCCAAGAACCACAGCUGUAAAUGAAUCUUUCCUUAAAUGGAAAGUCCAGAUUUUGUUUUGUUUUGCUUUGUUUUUUAAGUUGAGGAUUAAAAGCUGUCUCCUGCGGGAGGAAGUCAACUGUUCAGACUUGUAGGAAGGGUUCGUCUUCAAAGUCAUAACAUGUUUGCCCCGGCGCAAGUCAAUUGAUGAACAGCCGUUAGAAUUACUGACUCAGAAAAGCUUUUCAAAAGUUUAGCAAGGAGAUCUAACGUUGGGCUCACUUUAAGGAGUUUCUGCAGCAGCCCUGGUUCUAUUUUUAUCCUUUGUAGCAUUUACAGAGGAAACAGUGAUAAGGUUUUUACAUAUCAAGUUGCAGAGCUUACAGGCUAACAGGGUUUUUUGGGGGCAUUCAUUUGUGCAGCCUGUUCAGAUAGAUCCUUGUGAACUGUUUUGUGCAUCUAAUUUAAAGAAAUGUUUCUAGCCCUCACUGUUGCAAAGAUACGCUUGAAAACGGUAAAUAUAAAGAUUUCAGGAGCUCAGAAAACUGGGGAUAUAUGUAUAUAAGUUUUCUCCCGACGUCUUACACUGAGGACAUGACAUUCAGAGGCCUGAUUUAAGUUUUCUCAGUCAUAACCACAUUUGCAUAUAUUUCAGUAGAACUUCCUGGUGUCUCAACAGCCUAAUCGAUUUCAUUGACUAUAGGACGUUGGCAGUACCAGAUGCCAGGAUAGUGUAAAUUGUUGCCUUUAUCUUCCUUCCCACACACAGGAUGUGCAGAUUAUAUUCAUUACGACUGAAUAUGCAGACUUUCUGUCGCUGGUCUAUGUUACAAUGUACUCCUGCUAUGGUCAAUAACUCCAGAGCAUAAAUGUGGAUAUUGUAGCUUAUAGCAUUUUAUGUGUGUGUUGAAAGGUCUAAAAGCAAUUUUUGCAUUAUUUAGUUCAGGGAUAGCAGACCUUUUUUUCUACGAAGAGAUGUUGAGUCUUCCCUUUUCUCUCUUUCUGCCACCUCCUUUCUCUUUCUUUCUUUCUUUCUUUCUUUCUUUCUUUCUUUCUUUCUUUCUUUCUCUCUCUCUCUCUCUCUCUCCCUCUCUCUUGUCAGGUGGCUCUAAGCAAUGAUUUGAGAGUUGGGGGAUGUAGGAACGAAUGACAUGCUUUUCUCCGACUGCUUCCUUCUCCCGCUUGGCUUUUGGGCAGCUUUUCACAUUCCAUCCCUGUAGGUGGGGCUACACUGAGUUGCAGCAGCCUCACAAUACGUUCUUUAGGGUCCUGUGGGAGGGGGUGAUCCCAGCAGACUGGCUCCAUCCCCUCUACGCAGCUAAAGUAAGCACAUUGCCCACUUCUCGGCUGGCAUCCGACCAAAUGCUUCCACCAGUGCAGGGACUUUUGGAUGCGCAACAGAAGUUCCUGUCCAUCUUCCCCGCGCACCUCCCCAAAUCUGCACCAGAAAGCGGGAGUUAGCGGGAGGAACCCAGAACAGAUUUAGGGGAAGAAUGGGAAAUGAGAGGGAAGGGGAGCUUAAAGUCCUUGCACUAGUAGAAUCACUUUGUUAAAUAACUCCCAAGCUACAUUGACUUGGUCUCAUUUUCCUCCUGCCACAGCAUCCUGAAGCCUGAGCGUUCUGAGAGUCUGUUGCAGGCCUGUAGGGACCUGCCUUUUUGUUACUUGAAAUCUGUGUCCCUCAUGUCUCAAGUGUGUUACACACACAUUUGGGAUCCUUUUCUUUUUUUUAAUUUUAAUGUAUUUUUUUAAUUGGAGGGGGUGCUACUUAGGUCUGGAAGAUGAGAAAUAUCAGUUAUUUUUUAGGGAAAUACAUAAAGUGCUGGCAUAUCCUAAGGAUCCCAGGAAGAGACCUGUGUCCCCACACCAAUUACCAGCCUCAUUCUCAGGGAACCCCCCUUCUACCCCCCACCUCUCUUUUUGGUUCACAAUCUCUAACCAGUUAUGAAAUCCACAUCCCAAACCUGCCUCUCCCCAUCACCACAGGUACCAUACCUUGACCAAACUGUAUCUACAACAACAGCAAAAAAACUUGGGCUGGAUAUUUCACUUGAACAGCCUGAACAAAUUGUUCCAAAAAAUGCCGGGUCCUUUUUGGUGUUAGCUUUAGGCAUGGAUGCAUGUGAUAGGUAGAUAGAUAGAUAGAUAGAUAGAACUUUAUUCGCAUUAGCCAAGGCCAUAGCAACCGUAAAACAUUACAGUAUACGCAGAAAAGGAAAUUUGAUAUAAGAGCACAAUUUAAAGUCCUGAAUCAGCAGUCAGUUAGUGGUCCUUAUUCUGAUUGCCCCUGCUAUGAACCUAGCAACCUUUGCUGUUAUCUGCUCAUUUUGAUCUGAUAGAAGAAAGGACAUUGUGGCAGUGGUUGAGCGCCCUGGGAUGGUUAGUACCAGUUGGGUGAUGAUCUUGUUCCUCAGGUUUUUGUAGAGAGUACAGGACAGGAGGACGUGUGCCGCUGUUUCGGUGCUACCUUCUCCACAGGGGCAAAGGCGUUUCUUAGGCAGGAUCUUUUGGAAUCGACCCUCAAGUCCCGCAGAUGGCAAAACAUCCAGUCUUGCAAGUGUAAAAGCACGUCUGUAUUUUGGAAUAAUAAGUUUGUGCAGAUAUGGGGCCAGAGAAUCAAAAUGGAGAGGUGGAAAACCAAGGGCAGAAUUUCCUUAUAGUGACCAGGUUGUUCUGAUGCUUGAUAUCUUUUAGACGUUGACCAAUUACACUGUUUGCUUUAGUAGGGCCUAUAGUGAGUAGGUGUUGUGGGGAUAGGCCACAAGAGUGAAGUUUUUGAUGGACGGUUUUAAGCCAGGCACUUCUAUGGGAGUCUUGAAGUACUAGGGAUAGUAAACCGGGGGGAUUUGAGUUUAGGCGGAGCCAGAAGUUAAGAGUUCUUUGCCAAGUCUGUACUUCUACUGAAGAGACACUUGCCUCAUGGAUGCCUGUGCUUUUGUUGUUGUUGCAGGAUUGAAUAUUCCGUGCAGAAUUGAGAAGCCAAAGAAACUUCUUUUUCGUUUUUUGUAAUGUCUUUUUUUAAAAAAAUGUGAGAACAGAAUUAAACUUGCCUUUAUGUUUGGGGUAAUGAGUGCUUCAGUGUUCUUGGUUAAAACUAAGAUGAUUUCCCCUUUACAGUGGAACUUACCACUCGAGAGAUGAGAGCACAGACAGUGGCCUUAGCAUGAGCAGUUACAGCGUCCCCAGAACUCCAGAUGACUUCCUCAACAGUGUCGAUGAAAUGGAUACAGGUUUGCAUCCUUUCCUUCUAAUAGAAAUCUUGAGAUUUUUUUCUUUUUUGGUAGCUUGCCUGACUAGUAACAGAGAGAGAGAGAGAGAGAGAGAGAGAGAGAGAGAGAGAGAAAACUUCACUUCUAGGUAAUGUCAGAAUUCUCUUAUGCCCUGUUCCAGGGGACAAGAUCCAGUGGGUUGAAGUUACAGGAGGGUGGGCUUCGGCUGAACAUGCAAAGGUUUUUAAUGAUAAGAGCAGUUUAAUAAGGGAAACAGUUGCCUAGGAGGGAGGUGGGUUGACCCUUUGCUGGAGGUUUACAGUAGGUAAUCUUGCUUCUAGCUUUUGUUUGUUCGCUUAAAUAUUUUUAAAAUAUUUUUUAAACAAUGCAUCAUAUAUAAUUUAAUAUUAAGGUUGAUGCGACUCUUUGAUUGAAUUGUGAAUAUGAGUCCGUUAUUCAUAGAGUGGUUCCCACCAUCCCUGUGGGAAAUACCUGUCCUAUGCAUUUGCUGCCAGGUGUGCAGAUGGCCUGCCCUAUGGUGCUACAAGACAGCAGGGGUGUGUGGCGUUUGUCCACAGCAGCCCAGAGGCCCAUGGCCUGGCUGCGGCGGACUCACACAUACCGCUGUAGACUAUUGGCAAAAUCACAGUAAAUUAGGGAAGGGUGGCACACACUUAUGUACUGGAUUUGCAUGCUGUCUUGUAUUUUAGUCUUUUCUUACAAGCUGCUUUCCAGAAAGGUUGUCCAUCACUACCUUUUCUCCUGGUCUGGCCACCGGAAGUUGUUUGUUUGUUUUCUUAAAACCUAUGUUGCCCAUAUGUUGAGUGCAAAGGUUAAUGAAGAGAACAUGUCAGUCGAGAGUCUUUGGAGAUGUGAUGCAUCUCGCUGGCUUCCGUGUUGGGACCAAGUCCUCAAAUUUCUCCAGCUUACAUGACAUUAGAUGAUCUCUUUCCGUGAAUGUGAUGUUCCUGUUUUGCAUUCCUUCUGCAUCCAGGUGACACUAUCAACCAAAGCAACAUACCCUCCCACCAGAACCGCUUUCCAGAUUACCUUGAAGCCAUUCCGGGGACAAACGUGGACCUUGGGACGCUGGAAGGAGAUGCAAUGAAUAUAGAAGGAGAGGAACUGAUGCCAAGCCUACAGGAGGCUUUGAGUUCCGACAUCCUUAAUGACAUGGAAUCCGUAUUGGCAGCCACCAAGCUAGAUAAAGAAAGUUUUCUUACCUGGUUAUAGGGGCCUCAGGGAGAUGGAGUUUGAAAUCUUGGAAGGAUCUAAGGAGAUAAGACACGUACCUGAUGUUGAAAACAAGCCUGUACGGCAACGGCUUCUUGGCUUAUGAUCAGAGAGGAAAACAAGUAAAUGAACAAAAUACUCCAGAUUCUUUUUCAUCCAGUGUUUUGUUCCUCCUUGUCCAAACGCUGCUGUUUUACUGCUGACCUCUUUCACAGUUGACUCUGAAGAAUUAGAUGUUUUGUUUUAUCCUUUUAUUUUUAUUUUUUAUUUUUGCUGUUGCAACUACUGUUCCACAUGGUCAUAAUGGAGAGAGGGAAGGAUGGGGAAGUAGCGAGGGCCCUGUUUUGGAUGAUGACUGCCAUUCCUUUUGUCUUGCUAUCUGUUUUGUAUGCCAUUUUAUCUAAUAAUGCAGAUGUUUUAUGAAUUCAACUCUGCACAUCCUUUCUUGUAGCUGGCUAUGCUUUGCUUGGAGUUUUGCUCUUUUGCCUGUGGCAAGCUGCAAAAAACCCCAUGACUUACUGGUCCAGUAAGCCAAAAAUGAUGUAUCUGAUGGAAUAGAAGUCAAUACGGAUUUGGAGAUAAGGAUCAGAAGAAGGCCGAGAUCUUACUAUUGGGCACAGUCCAUCAGACACUAUGGCUGCUUGAUCAACGUUGAAAGGAAUGAAAUAUGCACAGCAGUGAUUUUUCUAUUGGAUUAAGCCCAUCAUUAUCUACUUAAAAGUUCUCUUUAUUAGCUUGUUCACAUUUUAUGGCACCAUAAUUGAUUCAUUUUACACACAAAAAAUCAUUAGAAUCUUGAUUGUUGCCUCUUAUUUUAGCUUUUUUUUCAAAUUCUAGGCCUUCUUUUUAAAAAUAUAUAUAUAGCAGUAGGUUAAGAAGUUAACUGUUUUCAGUUUUGUGGUUUUUUUGUUUCAUAUUUUUAAAUAAUGAAAACUAAAUUUCCUGACUUCACCUAGUCUUAUUUAAGUCUGAAAUGGUUGACUUUUUUUUAUACCUAACUAGUAUAGCCAGAUAGCCAGUGAAUAUCUAUAGUUCUAUGUUUUGCUUAUAACUUUUUAAAAGAUAGCUUUGAAUGUAUUAUUAGAUUAAAGGACCGGUGGCUUAUCUUUUGUGCCUGUACCAGAAUUCAAAGCAAAUUUUAAAAGUUGGAACUCCUACUGAACACUAUUCCUAAAUACACUUAUUCGUGCCAAUAAUUUCAGAGGAAUUUACAUCCAUCAAAAUGUUUUUAGGACUUCUGCUUAAAAGUGACCAACCUGUAUGGCUUUUAUUCAUGAGUUUUAAACACAGCAAAAAAAAAAGUAUACUAUGGUUCUUCAUCAUGGGACAGCUCUUGCCAUUUUUGAGAGAGCUUUUUAAAAUGUUGAUGAAAUUGGUGGCUUGAGAUUCUAAAGUCCCUGAUGGAUAAAAACUGAGAUGCCUUCGUAUAGUUAGUUUUAUGAUAUCACCUGCACUGUCAUCUUGAGUUUACAACGCUAGCAACAUGAACACUAAAAGUUAAGGUGCAUUCAGAAGCAUACUGACGAAUAAGCCCUUGGUGCAUAUAGAAGAUUGUAAAGAUAUGUGUUAGAUUGUAACGUGAGCAAGUAGUAGUGUAUUUUAGUAGUAGAGAUUAGCACUGAAGUCGAGGAGCCGAGUACAUCUUGAAACCAUGAACUAUUUUUACCAGAAAUGAUUGUCCUCGAAGUUGAUUGUAGGAAUUGUGACGUUUUCCAAAGAGUAUUUUUAAGUGAACAAAAUGAGCAUGAAUCAAUGUUACAGUAUAAGCUAUGAAGUUUUGGUUUUUUCCGUAAUGCGUUGGCACCAGCUAGUACCAUCUGGAGCUUUCAACAUUCCCAUUCAUUCAUUGUCCUUAUUUUCAAGGGUUUAUAACCUGGCCAUCAAAAGACCGUUCAGGCUGAAACUUUGCGUGUUAAGUUUUAAUGUCAACAAUAUCUCCUAGGUUCAUUUUACCCCACCCCCUAGCUGACGAGUGGGAUGAAACCUAAAAGCGAAGCUUUGGCCAAGAGGCUCAAUGGCUCCCUUCCGCAACAUCAUGUUAACUCCUAAGUCAUUACUUGUGACAUAGUCGUAAGAACACAUCGCACUCCUAUUAAGAGGAUUCCUUUAUUCCUAGUCUCCCCACAUUUUUCCAAAGAUCCUUUCAAAAGGCAAACUGACACAAAAUAUAAUUGGACUUUAGCAGUUGUAUAAAUGAAGAGAAGUUGGACAUUGAGCGUUCCUGCUUUUCGGUGAGCUCAUUUAUAUCCAGAUAUUGGAGGACCACUUAUAUCUGUUUUGAGCCUCAAGUAGAAAUUGCUGAAUUCCUAUCCUGGGUAUUGCAUAGAAGUGCACAGAAACAGUUUCUGUUUGCUUUUCUUGGUCACAGCUUUAAGGUUGGAACUUUUUAAUUAUUAUUUUUUUCCUUGCUGUACAUACACUACACAGCUUAUACUGUAUUCGAGUAGCACUGCUGGAGAGGUACCGACAUAAAACUGGGAAUUCUUGAAUUUCUCUUAACACUAAACCGUUUAUGUAGUACUUAACGCAAGUUACCUUAUAAGCCUCUUCAUUCGAUGGGAAAUGUGCCUUAGAGAUUAUUUGUACCGUUAACAGGAGAAGAAAAACAAGCCAGUCUAGAUUUUUAUUCAGAUUGAUCACUUGACAGAGUGGCUUAGCUUUUGUGUGUGUAUUGAAAUGCAGAAAGAAAGAAAGAAAGAAAGAAAGAAAGAAAGAAAGGAGAAAGGAAGGAAGAAAAGUGUUAUGAGUAGUAUUUUGUAUUGAUUGGUGUAUAUAUUUAAACAGAUCACUGUCCUAACUUUAUAGCUUCGAGAUUUUUUUAAAGUACAGUUAUGUUCAGAUUGCAAUGGAAGCUUAUGAAUUCUUGUGUAUGUCUGACAGCAUAACUUCUUUGGAAUGUGUACUGUUUCUAUAAAUCAUAUGGAUCAAAAAUUGUACCAAUCAGUGUUGGAGCUCAAGCAAUGCAAAAGGUGAAAAGACAAUUUUGGAGUGAUUAACGGUAACUUAGUUUUUGCACAUCUGGAGAAUCCAUAUUAAAACGACUUCACUUGCAAUCAUAGUGGGAUUUUUUUUAUACAAGAUGCAGGUGUGCGUGUGCGUGUGUGUGUCUAAAACGACACUUUAGGGUGAAAAACUUCCAUAUUUUAAAAUGUUUUCUAUUAGAGAACUCUGAAACUCAACUUUUGCAAAUAUAUAUAAAGUUAUGAAUGUUAUAUUUUCUUUAUAGAGCAUGCCUCUGUUAGGUACCGUAGUAAAUUCUGUUACAUUUUCUUUUAUGUAAUACGUUUUUUCCCCAUUGCUUUUUUGUUUUACAUGAUAUAAAUAUAUACUUUGCGCUUAC